UGCAAAUCCAGGUGAGGAAGAAAUGACUGAUUGUCAAAUGAUUGCCCAAGUGGCAAAAUUUACCCAUUAGGAAAGCGAUAUGUAGGAAGAAUUUUUGAGCGGAUCCACUCUUAAAUGUUAUUUUUGCAUUCAAAGAGAAUUAAUUUUUUUAAUUAAAAAAAAAAAAAAAAAGUAUUAUAGUUUAUGUUAAAGUUCUGGACUAUUCUAGAGCCUACGGUGCCUGAGAACCGCCACUGCUGCAAAUAAAAAAGAUUGGAAAAAAAAGAAGCCACAACAGAAGUUACCAAUGCAAAAAAAAAAAAAAAAAAAAGAAACGAAGCCCGCUGCAAAUUAAAAAAGAAAUUAGGCAGAUAAGAAAAAAAAAGCCACAAUGGAAGUUAACGGAGCAAAAAAAAAAAAAAAAAAGAAAAGUGGAAAAGUGGCAAAGAAGUAGGUGGAAAGGUUAUUGUUUGGUAGUGUUAGCUUCAGUUCCGUUGUGGCUUUUUUUUUAUUUGCAUCCUUUUGCGUUUGCAGUAAGUAACUUUUUCUCUCCAUCGCCACUUUUUUUUGUGUCAUAAACUUUUUUUUUAUCUGCACCGUUUCUUUUUUUGUUUGCUCGGUAAAUUCGUUGUGACUUUGCAUUCUUUUUUAUUUGCAGCAGUGGCGGUUCUCGACCACCGUAAGACCCUUUAUAGAGAAAUAAAGAAAAACGAAUCAAUUAAUUGAUCUUGAUGAAAAUGAGCUUUUUAAUUAUUAAGCCUAAUUUAACGUUUUUCUAAGACAACUUCCAUAAAUACCAACAGAUAAACAAAACUUUAACUUCAAACUUCCUUGUACGAAUCACUCCACCCUGAUGAAUAAAAACUACACAGUUCAUUUAACUUUCCACUUUUAAUGCAUAAACCGUAUCAAAGACUAUCGAGCCAAGAGGAAUCUUCUGUAGGACAUGUUUUGAUUCGGUAGACACGUCUAUUUAGUUAUAACUGUGGCGAUUACAUUCUUCAGAGGUGUUUAUAUUCCACCCCUUGACAAAGAGCACCGGUGUUCUGACACCAACGGUAGACAGUCCUGAUCCGGACCAUUCUGAUUGAGUAAGCAGUGAUCCGCUCCGGGUUUUACCAUAGACCGCGAAUAGCCCAGCUGAGUUGAGUGGCAGGACUUGUUUACUGGAGAGACUAGCAGAAAGGAGAGACGGAAAGAGGGGGAACCUGAGGGAGAGCAAUCGCUUUACGGAACGGGAAUCCAAGUUUUCACACUUGACCCGUCUUUUUAAGUCUAUUUUGUUUGUGUACCUCAUCCUUUUUUUGACUAUCGCAGACGGGAUCCUGACUUUCUGUGUGCGUGUGUGUUUUUUUCUUUGAUUUCUAACUCCAACCGCCGACACUGAACCCUCGUUUGUUUUGGAUUAGCUAGCUAACGUUAGCUGUUUUUCCCCGUCGGCUAACGUUAAUCUGAGAAAAACGGGCGGCGUGGAGGAGUUUUCUCACUUCAAAGCAACGUGCGGGUUAAACUGAGCCGCUUUUUUGGGGCUGUUUUGUCCUCACGCUUUGGAUGUGAAAGAAGUAGCGUGCACCCCUCAAGUUUUCCUUCUUUGUUGUUUUUUUUUUGUUGUUGUUUCUGUUUUUUUCCUCCCGUUUUGUCUUUAUGGGUGUUCAUUCGUUUGCGGCGUGGUGGUCAGCGGGGGUGAAGGAGUUCAGAGGAAGGUCGUAGUAGAAGAGAGAAAGCUGUGUCGCUGCACGUUUUUCCUGCACGUAGGAGUUUCCUGGGAUGUGCUCCCAAUCUAUCUCAAAAAGGGCGAGCUCCUGAGAAGAUACAAGCAAACUGGGAAAAAUAAAGGGACCUGUGGACUUCAAAGGGGAGAGCGCAAACCCCUGCCAACUCUCCUCAUUGGCUCGAAACUAAGCGAUAAUAUCCACAAUAAGAAGAGGCACAGGUAUAAUACUUCUUGGCUCUUCCUUCAUUUGAGCACUGCAUCACAGAGAAAUGAGCCUUGGGCUAUUGGACCUCCGAACUAGCCCCCAGAGCGAGAGAUAUUAUUAUUAUUAUUAUUAAUAAUACUGUUACUUCUCUCUUGAUUUAGUGGAGCACCAAAUGAAACAGAUGAACGUGGACUGUCGCCUACACUUAUGGAAAAUGAAGAUCUUUACUCGCACAUGCGUUGCCAGAACCCAAGAUCACGUUAUUUAGUGGUCUGCAUUUUUUCCGGGGCUCACAUACAUCACAAACUUGGCUGGGAGGAUACUCAUACAUUUAUAACCAACUCCCCCCGAAUCACGGGGGGCAACCUUGAAUCAGUUGGUUACACUCGACCUUAAUUUUUUUUAAAGAUUUUUUUGUUUUAAUACUUUUUGAUAUUCAAACUUUUUUUUUUUAAAUUAACACUUCUCUCGAAAGAUUGGAGAUUUAUUUUAUACUGAGAAGCUACGAGAGGACAGCACAACUUACCCUUGACUCAAAAUGAGACGGUGGACAAUAAAGCUGCGUGCACAAAUUGUGUUUUUUAUCAUCUGUACCUGCAUUAUCUGCCAGUGUGGACUAACAAACGGAGAAAGUAAGUAUGCUUUUUUUUUCUUUUACCCUAACAUGUGUUGGUCACAACUGCAACACAUGUACUUGAGCUGUCACUCUAUGUGUUAAAUAAAAUGCAAAAUCAUUACAUCUCAACUUAAUUGCUUAUAAGAUAUCUCAAAAGUAUUAAAUGUGUAUCAGCCUAUGUGAGGAUGAACAAAUUAAGUUUAAUAACAUUAAUAAGACACUAAUUUAGACCUACAGAUUAAGUGUUAUGUAAUAAAUGUGUAUUAAGACAUUUAUAGGUUUUGUUUACUCAAAGUAUGACAGGUUCGUAGUUUAUGUAAUUAAUCGAAAUGAUAAAUUUAAUCACGGGACCGUCUUUCGUUCCUGCGCAUGCGUGACAAUUCUUACAGCGUCUAAUUAAAGGGUUAGUAACUUCGAUUGUCGCGUAUGCGUCGCCGCGCGCUACUAAUUGAUAAUUCUCCGUGGAAUUAUCGUGUAAUAUCUCCACCCCCCACACCCCCCUCACGCUGUCUCAUAUUUUAGCGGCCUGUGUUGGAUGAGCCAGCCUCAGGGCCAGAUUAGUUGCUGUAACUGGACGAGUGUGGUCUGCUGCAGCGAGUCUAAACUGGGAGUAGCAGGACUGGCCCUGUGAGCAAAGCUAGGCCUCUCGUGGCGGCGACAGACACACUGCAAACAAUGCGCACACAAGCGCGCGCACACACGGCGCUGCCGCUGCUGCUGCUCGGGCAGUAAACGUAAACAAAUUAGCCGCCGACGCUAAGCAGGCUCUUUAUAGGUGUUGGAUUAGCCUACAUUGCUGUUCAGCUCCAGGUCGGACCAAAACACGGGCGUCUUCCUCACAGGGACAUGCCUCUUUAAUGAGAUGCUUUCUGUACAAAUGAAAGAAGGUGUUGGUAAUAGUUUUAUCGAUGUGUGUAAUCGAAACAGCGUGCUUCAGUGUGUUUUUUUUUUUCGUCGAACAAAAGCAAAAUACUGAUGUGAGGUGGUGCUAUCAUUAUGGCUGCUGUAUAAUUCAAAUAUCCGUUUAGAGGUAGAAAAUAAACCCAACACCAAUUCUCCCACCUCUUUUCUUGCAAUGAAGCUAAACCACACUUAAAAAUGUCUCAAAAAAUAAAUAAAACACUUUUCUGGCAGCAUAACUUUUAGAUGUACAAGUAAGUUAUCUAACCUUGAAUUCCUCUAUUCACUAUUGUUACAAGGGUGUUUGACAGUUGUAGAGAAUUAAAUGAAAAGAAAAACAGCUCUUUUCUUAAAAUAGAUCAUUCAUGUAACCAUGUGACUAUCAUAAGUUAUUCUUAUGGUGUUAUCUCAGUUUGAAUGAAUGAAAGUCAAUGGGAAAAAUAGUCAUUGUUACCAGAGAAUAACUGGAAGGAAAAUAUAUAACAAAUGUAUAUCUUGGUUGUUUGUUGAUGCUUUAUCCUAUCCUUAUCCUGGACUACAUCUCUGGUUUAUGUGAAGUGUUAGUAUUGAUGAAAAAGUGUGUGUGUGUGUUUCUUACCACAAAUCUAGAACUUAUGUCAGGUUAAAAGUCAUCUCUGAGAAGUAAUUGCUACUAUAGUUUUGGUGGUUGGUGUCUCAAACUUUGUACCAUUGAUGAUAAACGUUGAGCUGUAUUACUUUGAGUCAUAUGCUCCCAGUGGCCGGGUUCAUAGGAAAUGUCCUGGCUUCUUUACACAGGUUAUGAAUGCAGACAGAACAGAGGCCUCUUACAGGGGGUCCUGUGAGACAAGACUGCUGGUACCCCUCCUUCCUCCUCUCUUUCACUCCCUUCUCUCUCCCUCUCUCUCCCUCUUUCUCUCAUAAGAAGUAGAGUACAUUUCAUUGGCUGUUUCUGGUCCCUGAUUUACUCAAUUCUCUGGGAAGUGACCAUAUUUGGCACUCUUGAGUUGUUUAUGCUGCUUAGUGAGAGGGGGUGUGGGGUGGGGAACAACAACCAAAAUACUUAAAAUAUUUCAUUCUGAAUCCACACGCUGCUGCCUGACAUCUCCACCACAUUCAUGGGAAAGAGGAAGCAGUAUUGAUGUAAAAAAAAAAACCUGAUCUGUUGACUGCACCCUAGAGAAUGUGAUAAAUCUGCUUCCUACAGGCUGUUGUUGGUUGAUUUUGAUUGGUCUGUUUGCCAAAGUUAUCAGCAAACAGUUUUCUGAAGUAACCGCUGAGUUGUCUCCUGGUCUAAACUCGCGAAAAACAAGUUGUGCAACUGGGAGCCUUGCCCCCUUCUUGUUCCUCUCAGACUUGUAAGCACAGCUCUGUUGGAAAAGGGUAGUGUGCAUGUGUGUACGCAUGUGUUGUUAUAUAUGCUCUCAACUGCCUGUUUGCCUCUUAAACUCGCUCUGACACACACACCGCCAUGCCUUGAGUGUUUAUCAAUCUGAUCACCUGAGUCCAAAGCUCUCAUCUUUAUUCAGGAGUAAAAGUCAAAUGGUUAUUUUCCCAUCCUUGCCAGUGUCGAUUCGUUGAUUUGUAAAAUCAGAGGAAGAAGAGACACCCUCAAUUUGUGUAUGUUUGUAGUCCUUUUAAGCACUCAGUCUGUCUUUGGUGAAGUGCACAGUGGCAUUUCCCGACAAUGCUGUGCAUGCUGUGGAAUGUGUUUGAAGUGGCCCACCAUGUAGGUGCCUGUGUGUAUGUGUGUGUACAAGUAUUUCAGAAUGCACCCUAGCCACCCUGAGCUGUCUGCAGGAUCUCAUCUCUUAGCUCGUGACCUGCCCACUUCCGGGCAAUGUAUGUUUUUCGUGUAUCCAUGUGUGUCCAGAGGAGGUGGUCAUGCAUGAGAACAGUGUGUACUAAAGCAGCCGGCCUAAGAGGGGGCUGCCCGUUAGCUCAGCCCUCUUUGCCCUGUGUAACCCCCUUGACCAACUGCAAAUCCAGUUCCUUAAAUGAACGGAUUGCUUUUUGUCAUUCUGUGAGUUUUCUUUUUUAAUUAGCAAGUGUUUAUGUUAGGUGGGGCAAACAUUGAAAAAAACCCAAUGAGUUUGAUUAGAAUAUCUUUAGUUUGUUACACCUUUUCACUUCAUCUCAAAGACCCCUCUAAAGAUCUCUAUUAAGAUCAAUUUAAAGUAUAAAAGCUGACAUGUCUAAUGAAUGACUUUCUCAGCGUAUCUAGUCGCUAACAUAUCUAGUCGCUGUUGUUAUAAGGGGAUUUGUCAGGUGGUGUCAGAAAGAUACUGUGGCAUUGAACUAUGGUGUGCCACAAUGGACAAACUUGCAGACAUUUUUUAAUUUGAAAUAUAGCAGAUCUGGAUUAUUGUGUUUGAUGUGUUCAUGCUGACAGCCCGUGUUGAUUAUCUAUAUUUCAGACAUAUGGUACAUUCUAAGGGGGUCUAAGUAUUUUCAAUGCCAUUGCUGACUUUGGCUGUUGCAUUUUUGCUUCAGUAAUAGCUGUUUUAAUGGACUGUCAUUAGCUUUUAUGCUAUGAUGUGGUGUAUAUUUUGAAUGCACCUGCAGCGCUGGGUGCAGAUUGCCAUUGUAUGUUUGGGUAGUCCAUGUUCAUAGAAGCUGCAGACAAUGAGGGUCAUGAACUGAGGCUCUGGCAGCUGUGAGCUACAUUUUCAGAGUUGGUCAGGAAGGCUAUGUACUGCUAAAGGAAAUUAACUGUUGGGGUGCCUUUCCUGAGUGCUUCCUCUGCUGUUCUGAUUAUUCCGAGUAUCCCUUUCAACUUCUUCUCAUUUGCCAACGGACACGUGUUUGUGUUUGUGUGUGGGUGUUUGUGUUUCUUUUCUUCAAAUAGCAUACAAAUGGAGGAUAAAAACGCCCUUUCUGUGUUCGCUCAAAUGUACGGUUCAACUGACAACGCAGCACGAGUACUGUUUUCACUUUUUUAUCAGGCCGAAAGAAUUAUUUGGUUUCUGCUUGUGCAAAGUGGAGCAACUCGUUUAAUGAUGACGAAACAUGCUGGACGUUUGACAACUAUGUCUGGCUCUUACCCUUUAUCAGUUCUUAUCCACACAUCACCUAUUAUCUCAGUUUAAGUCUAUAAGUAAGUUCAUUCCAAAGCAACAACAACAACUAUUACAUCAGAGGUUGCAGUAGGACAAUAACCUCCUAGAUACUCUUGUAUUGAUUCAAACAGAUGACAAAAUUUAAGGAAGUUGUUCUCUUUUCGCUUAGUUUAUUACACCACUUUCUGAACACUUUGCAAUCCACGAGAAUCAGUUCUCAUUUUUACAGAGAGAAGAGCAGCUAUCACUUUCUGUCUUAUUCUCUUCACAUAUCAAGUGUAUUUGUCUCAUUUCUAGCCACACUGACCUGAACAGUCUGUAGAUCUAAUUUUGAUAUGUAACAAGCCUAAAGAGACUUGCAUAAUUAUGUCAUCUGUCUUAGAGUAUCUACAGAGUUGGUCUGCGUAAUCUGGAGCCCCAUAAAAUGCACUUAAAUUUCAGUCACAGCAAAAGUAAAACGAGAUGAACAUGAUAAGCAUGUCAUCUGAGCUUGUUAGUAAGUAUACAACACUUAAAUGUGGAAGGACAAAAAAAAAGUGAAAUUCACACAUUUUUAACAGAAUAGAUACUUCUGUGUUAUUUAGCUGUAGCUCUGGAGACAUCCCAUAUUUUUGGACUAUUUGGUCCUUGAGCUCUCUUAUAUUUUGGUCUGAAGUGAUUUAUUUCAAGUUGUCGAAACUCGAGUUUCCUUGCAUGAAACUUUUAUAUAAAAAAGCAUGAUUGAUUUUAGAUUUACUAGUUUGACAGAAAACCUGUUUUUACCACAAGUGACACAGCUUUCAUUCAGGAACUGGUUGCUGCUUGCUGCUGAACCUGUGCUGCAGUGCAUGAACCUUAUGGACACUGAACAUGGUGUGACUUACCAACAACCUGACUGAAUCUCUUUAUUUCUUUAAAGACAAAAAGUGUCAGUGAGAUAGUCCGGAGAAGUCACUCUUUGAAUGAUCAUCUACCAAAGGUUUUGAAAAACUGAGCAUCGGUCCUUACAGUUAAGGGAUAAUAAGCUGAGUGUUUAAAACCGAGAUUUGUCAGUGACCUCCCUUCUGACUCCCAUUCCUAGAUAGAGAACUGUUUAUGUAAACGUCUGCUCACUGCACAGAAAUGUGGUUGAGUUGGGAGGGGAUGAAUGGGGUGCACACACACACACACAAACACAAACACACAGAGAGCGCCGUUACGCCAUGCUGCAACAAUCUGAUUUGAUAGUCCUUGUUGCUGUUUGGAUCUGCCCUAUUUUAACAUUUGGUGACUUCACGCAGGAAAAUCCAAGCUGAGCUUACACUUUAAUACAUGGAUGAGCAAAGAGAUCUUUUUUGGAGCCUUUUGCAGGCCGAACCAGACACUGGCUGGGGCCAAGUCCACGUCUGCAUGGAAGUUAAUAUGAAAAUCUCUCCCUUUGUCUUUACUUAAGCCUUCGGUCUUUUUUCAAAAACCAAGUUUCUUCCCAAACCAAACCUGAUAAGUUUUACACCAGCCAAAAAUACAGAAGUUAUGAAGUACAAACCUUACUAGAUAAUUUUUUUUGCUAUAACCUUUAUCCUAAAUGAAUCCCUUUGUGUUUUUUCCGACAGUGAUAAAGUCUUUGAUGGCCCGAUUUGUUGGCCCUUGAGCGCUACAAGACAUAUUCGUGUUAUUCUGUUGCUUAGGCAUUUUAGCAAACUGCAGACUUAAUGUUGCCAAAAACUGUUGAAACAGUGUUUCCAGAUGUAUCUACAGAAGUGUGAGAGAGACAGGCUGAAUGGUUGAUGUCACAUCAUGGGAAUUUGUAUCUGAGCUCUUGUGGUUACACACCAUGCCAUAAUUUGAAGGUCACACUUUUGGCCAUCAAUGUGCUCAUCACCGCCUUACAGUGAAUCUCACUGUACCAGCGUGGCCUUUCUGCUUUAACCCCACUCUCUGACAUCGCUGGUCAAGGUUUAAAUCCAGGUAUGUGUUUUAGAGGUAUGUGAAGAAAAUGUAAACUGAGUCAGAGUUGUGAAUAGACUCAACAAAUUGAACAGCUCCAGAUGAACAGAUGAAUCUUGUGAGUUUUGAAGCUGCUUGUACAAAAAUCUCUUGAAUCCUUUUAGCAGUGAGAGGAGCUCUAAAACUGCUGCGUGAGGUUCAUUAAACUCUUCUUCGCUCUUUGAGGUAAAGGCCAGAUUUUGCUCUUACAAAUAAGCAGAAGCUCGCAGGGUGUCUGGUUGUUUGCAUUGCCGUGUAAGUGCAUGACUUUUGGCAAAUGUUGCCAUCUCUGUAUCUCUAUCAUGUGUCCUAGUGUGUAAGUGCAAUGGGAUGCUUGUGUUUGUAAGUUUGUUGGGGGUUGAGUAGCUGUGUAACUGAGCCUGAUGGGUUAAAUUUAUUUUGAGGACUGUCAUAUGACUGAGAAGUGGCCAUUUGACACACUGCCAGGUCAGUCUCCAAGCAGUUAAGUACACACAUGCACACACACACGUUGACUGGUAACUUUCAAAUAGGACUGACAUGAUUUGAGGUAUAGAUUAAAGGAAUGUUGGUUACAGCUGAGAAAUAGGAUUUGUAAAGUUAGUUGUUGGUAAUGUUAGGCUGAGUCUCAGAUUCUGGUUCAGUAGAAUAAGGCAGCUGUUACAUUUGUGGUCACAAUUAUCAUUCAUUUUAGGCCAUUCUGUGCACUGUUGCAUUUAAAACACAUGGCAAAGAUUCCCAUGAAAACAAAUUUAGGUUUGCUGAGAUGCAUUUUUAAUAUUUGAUUAGAUUAUCUUUUAGCUCCAGUACCUCUGCAUCUGUACAUGUAUGUGAUUCAUGUAUCUCUGACAGAUUUUUGUGCAUAUUGAGUAAAAAAACACGAUGACUGAUUCAUAAUGAAGGAAAUGGGCAGAACUUUGACUACAUCUAUGUUUGGCAUCCAUGCUCUUUUGCUCCCAGCAGCGGGUGUCUAUCCCCUCUCCUCCCAUAUCCAGGCUCAUUCUUCCUCCCUCCCUGCGAUUGCUAUUAUGUUCAGGGGUAAGAGGGUUCACUCUCAUCCACUGAUUUGUUUUUCAUUCACACUGCAGAUGCGCACAGCCUGCAGACCUGUCCCCUACACACAUACACACACACAGGCUUAUCAAGCUCUGCUCUCUAUGCGAUGGGAAAACCUCCUCUUUCAGACCUCUUAAAGGUGUGAACUUCAUCCAUUUGACACCUCUCUUUCUCUCCCUCUCUCCCCCUUCCUCCUUCCCUGCCUCUCUCUCUUUCUCUUCCUCUCUCACCUCCUUCUUUUGUUUUUUGUUUUCUCUUCUCUUAUCCUCCUGCUCGCCCCAGCUAAGCCUAAGUGAUAUUUAGCACACAUACACCUGCACAAUGUGAACAACAGCAGCCGGUCACAUGGACGUCUCUAAUUAUGUGUGUUUCUGUGUGUAUGUGUGUGUGUGUGUGUGUGUCCUUAUACAAGUACCCAUGCUAGUAUGUGUACCAUGAUGGUGUGUGUGUGUGUGUCUGGUUGGGGGGCUAGGGUGGCGGUGGGGGGUGGGGGGGGGUCUGUUUUUGUUCUGAUGAACUUGCCUGUGAUGGGUUACUAUGGUGACGGCACUAGCUGUGCUCUGGCAGGAGGCUACAGUGCCCUUCCCACCUCCUCUGUCUAAAUGCACCUCUGGCCUGUCUGUGCUGAACUCACAUUGAAGUAAUUGUGUUUUUAUAAUGUUUGAUAACAAAGUGGAAUAUUAAAUUUUAAUUAAAUACUCGUUCUUUUAUAUAUAAUUAUUGAGAUUUUAUUGUGCUAUUUUGUGGAGCAACUUAUUUCAUGGUUGUCAAAAAGGAAAAUUAUAUUUUGACUAACUGGUCAGUCUAAAGGUAAGAAGACAAUCAGAAAAUGGUCGAAAUUUAAGAUGACACAGCUUACAUAAAACGUAACCUCCAUUUUCCAGGUCGAACUUCUGCCACAUUGUACUUUGAGACAUCACCUGUCAUCUGUGCUUGUCAACAUUUAGAUAGAGCAUUAUAGCAUCAUGGCAGUUUACCUGGUCUUCACCUAAGCUACAGGUUAGCUGUGCUACAGUAUAGACCAAACAGCUAACCCUCGUUUUGGGGCCUAUAAUGAUCAAAAUACACAGCAGAAGUGACGACGUUAUAUGUUUAAAUUGAUUAAAUGUACUCUCCACAUUACUUUGUUCCUUCACUUUUUUAAUGCACUGAAGCAUUUGAGGCCAAUACACUUAUCCCGAGUUUCAUCGCAUGUAUUCAGGUCGGGGCCCUCUGCUGGUCAUCAUUCAUGUGGAAGAGAAACUUCAUAAAUCUCAGUCCAGUCGAACUGUUUUGAAAUCAGUAGUUAGUUUAAAUGUUGCUUUCAUUGAUCCAUUAUGUUUUAUUUUGUUUAGAUGAGUGUGCUGGUUAAAUCAGCUGAACAAAGCAUCUUCUUUUUCUUACUCUUAUGCUCUUUGAACUAAUCUUCUGGCUAUUUCACCCUCUGCAGUCACGAGCAGUCAACGUCACUGGUCAUUUACAGAUUUUAUGGUUUUAUUAAAUUAGGAUUUCUAUAAACCCUCAUUUGAUUUAGUCUUCUUGUUUGUUUUUUUGUUUAAGUAUUGAGUUUAAUCUUUUUUUUCUAUCAAUCAGCAGCCUUUAUUUAAUUCUUAUAGCAAUAACUUCCUUUCUGUUUUUAAUGUAGUCAGAAAUUGAUUCCAGUUGAUAGACUAACAGCAAUUAACAGACUUUAUUUGAGGAGGGUGCAAUAUAAAGAAGACCCCAGGUUUGAAUUUCAUUGGUAAAGACACUGAGCUCUACAGCAGGUUUGAAAGAGUUAAUAUUAAAAAGAAAGUCAGAGCUGCCAGACUGCAUGGCAGGUUGUGAAUUGAUCUGCAUGUCUGAACAUUAUUGAACAUAAUAAUCAGCUGCUUUCAUUAAAAAAAAGCAUGGAUAACUCAGCAUAGAGCAGCCAUUGCUAACUUACAAAGUGGCUGGUUGUUUCUCAAAACUGGGAACUAAGGGGAGGAGACGAUUUGUUUAUUUGCAUCCAGGUCAGUUUGGAUGGGUGCAUCAUGGGCCUUUUGCUGCUGUUACAGUGUUCAAGUAGACAUUAAGUGUCAUGUUGUUGUGAAAGAGAAGAAAACAGACACUUCAGGACAGAGUGGGGUGAGAGGAGAAAAAAACACUAGAGGGACUCAAGCCAAGAUGGAGUGAAAAGGGAUACAGAGAUCAAGAGCUUUCAGCCACAGUAGUUUAUGAGCCUGCUUCAAGCAUUCCUAAUUCACUUACAGUUAAAGGGGGCCCAUAUUGAAUCAUUCCUUACUGUUAAAUGACAACGUAAUGAAUGAAAGUCCUUUUACAAUACCACUGUGGCCACAGACCCUCCACUCCAGGGACCGGUCUGUCAGAGGCAAGGUAACAGCCAGUGAUUUGUUGGCUAGGGGGCCCUUUUGAACGUUCACAUGACGUCAGUAUUCCUCUUAUGCCAUGCCUAGCGUGCUCCUGGAUAUCCUGUACGGAAAAACCAACAAGGGUGGGCAGUGGCUGAAGAUUUCUGAGAAUCUGUGAAGGUUUUUUUGAGGAGAAAAAAGACAAACAAGGAGGAAGAGGGAAAUAGGAGAGUACUUGUCUAUAAUCAAAAACACUCAACCAAAGGCACAAGGUUUUAGAAACAGAAAGAAUACAUGUUCAUUCCACAUCUGUCUCUGUAACUUUUGAUGCAGCUUAACAGCUAAUUAACUUUUUCGCAAACUGAGGUUAGUGGUGCAUGUUUCCUGUGUUCAUGUACAUUUGGCUACCUUGCACGAAACUAAGAUGCAAGACGAGGCCAAGCUACAACAUCUGGUUCUGAAAAACAAAGCUGAUGUGCAGGUCCAAAACAUAACACUUCCUUCAGUGUCCAUUUGUGGCUGACUUUAAAAGCCAAAGAAUCCACAUACGGCAUCCAUGCGGAAAUGCUCAUAUAUACAGUAGAGUGAAAUAUAUAAACAGCCUGUUACGUUAUACAGAUUGACAAGUUUUGUACAAACAGGCAUCAGUAGCAGCAGAUACUGACUGACAGGUGGAUGUAUUGUCACUGUUUCCCAAGAGGCUCAAGUGCUCAUCGUAGUUUCAUCUCACUGUGUUUGUAGAUUGAUCGAUUGCUAACUUGAGUCAGCAUUUCCAAUAUGGAAACAGCCAGUAUAAAACUUGGAACCCCUCAGAUAUCAAUGGGUGACACCACUGAAACACAAAAGUGUUUCGUACAAUCUAAAGACAAGACAUGUUCGUCCCGUUCCUGUACAAAACAUGAUUAACUAUGUCUGACAAGAUCUCCGUCUCCAUUGCCAGUAAAUCAAUGUAAAUCUAGUAGGUGCUUUGAUUUGCUUGUCCUAUGGGGUUUGUGAUAUGAACACAGGUGGUUUCAGAGAAACAUGUGCCAAAAACAACCAUAAAGUGCUUGUGGGACUUGAAAUGGAAGGGGAGAUUUUGGUGGUGUGCACAUGCCUGAGCAAUGGAAAAGGUAGAGGGAGUGAAAGAUAUGGAAAGAAGGAAAUUUCAGGGCAGAGUGUGUGUCUGCAUGUUUGUGUGUGUGUGUGCAGCAGCAGGUAAGAGCUGGUGGUCUUACAGUGCAGACAAAUGGGCCAUUAAACCGACCUGGCCCCUCUGCUCACCGUCUCUCCAGCCUCCCCUCUGCUUCUCCCUCUUUUCCGUCUUGGUUUGUCAACUCGCCCACAAUCACCCCUCUCUCCCUCCCCACUUAUCUUUCUCUGUAUUUGCUACUGUACACAUAUGCUUUCUGCAUCUCUCAAAUUCAUACUCUUUUCCUCUUUCUUUUUUGCUAUCCUGUCUCUGAUAUACAUACUAACUCGAUGACAGAUAUACAUACAGAUGUUCUUACAGGCCGGUUUAAAGGCAGUUAGAAUCAAAUCAGCUCCUCCUUUCCUCUUUGUUUGCAUGAAAUUUAUGUUUCGGCCGUAGCUCAGGGUUGGCAGCUUUGCAGCAAUCCAUUGAAAUCAGUAAGAUUUACCAUGCUCGGGAUGAGCUCACUUGUCCAUCCAUCACUAACCCUCAAACUGUCCAAGCGGGAGGUUAAAACUAGAGCAUUUCAUAAGAAAGCGUAAGCAGCCAGGACACUGGGCUGUUCACUAUUGCCUCCCUUCACAGUGUAAUUAUUUUUCUGUAGUUGUAACGCUGAUUUGCCAUAAACAGACUUCAUUAGCAGUUCAGGCAGGUCAGAAUUGGAAAUGCAGAAAAAGUGGGAAUGUCCACUUCUUCUUACCGUAAAAGCCCUUAAAGGAAAAGAGGCCGAUUUUGGAGGAAGAAAGAGAGUUAUGGGAUGGAAGAAGCCAGAGCCAUCAGGCAGGCAUAUCUGGUCCUGCCUCGUGUGUAGAUCUCUGGUUUGUGGGCCGGAGUGUUGGUGGGGCCGUGCCCUGCAGCUGCUGCCAUGUGGCUGCAGUUCAAGCAGGGGAACCGAGCCCCGACUGCCUCCCCGCUCAGGCCGAAGCUCACCACACCAAGACGCUGCUCCACGCUCUGCUCAGUAACGUGGGAAGAUGAAAAGGAACAUCAGAUGUUUUUUGUAUUAGUCAUUCUGUGUGUGAGUGUGGCGUCCUAGCGCGUGUGUGUGUGCGUGCUUUUGCGUGUGUGUAUAUGUGUGUUGUCUGUGGCCCUAUAUCUUUGGCACAGUCCAGCCUGCAGUUGAUUACCUGCUCCUGUUCCAUAGUCCUCUGUCUGCUCCCAAAUGUUUCGUCUAUGUCAGGAAUGCUGCUCCCCCCAACAUGCUUUUUUAUUUGUUUGGAGCGCACCACCUGGUUUAGCUGUUUGUAAGGCGGGGCCAGAAUUUUUCAGAUUGUUUUAUUUUUUUUUUUGGCUUGUGUGUUACCAGCUGUCCAAUUAUUUUCCUAGGCAAGGAACACGUUGCUUGCUAAUGGCUAUAGAGGUAGAUGGAUCUGUUAGAUAGAUCUUAAAGAUUUAGUGUACUUGUUUGAUUUAACGUCCCUCUACAAGUAAGUACUAAUGAAGUGUAUCACGGCUGUUACUCAUUUUCACUCUUUAUCAUAUCAGUCUGGGGCGCCUAUCUUUGCAUGAUUUGCAGCUGAAAAAACUUUAUGUGUCUGACAUUGCUGUACAUGACAACCCUCAUUUCAGCACAAUUCAGCAUCCGCCUGAAAUGCCUCACUUUUGCAGCUUUUUCUGCACAACACAUGGGCCAUGCUUUUCACACACGGAGCUUUGUAGUUAAGAAAUAACCAGAAAGUUUUGUCUUUACAGAGGACAACUGUGCCGAGCUGUUGGCGCCGACUUAGCUGUCCUUUUAACUUAUGUGUGCCCGUGUUUCUUGUCAAAGUCUAUCAUUACGUGUGACUUACAGCUUGUGUUUCUCAGCUUUGAUAGAAAGUCUUCAAAGAUGGAAUACCCCCGGUCAGAUUUCAGUAACAAAAGAGCGACAAAUCUUGCUGGUACUGGCACUUGUUUAAAAAGCAGUCAUCAGUGAAGUGACAAGCAAAAAACAGCUUCAGUGUGACUGUUGUCCCAAAAACAUUCAAACUCUCACUGCAUCAUUAAAUGUUGUCCUCAUACGACGGCUCAACGUGACGUCUUGCCUUUAAAACAAGCGGCUCAGAGAAGUCAGGAAACACAAGUGUCUGUUACGUGUUUGAAACUUGGCUAAUCUGUGCUCACAUUUUAGGUCUAUAUUAAAGAACAAAUCAGCAUAGAUCUCCUAAUGUGAUUGUCUUUUGAAAAUAUUGAAAUACAGUAAAAUCAGCUGUGUAUAAUAGGAGGCAGAAGGGAAGUGAAAGAGAGAGUUUAAAAAGGAGUGGGCAGUAAGGGAAAAACCUCAGGUACAACGGCAAUUACUUUUCUACUUACAGACUCAGGAUUUUCAGUUUUUGGCCUUUGUGUCUUUUGUCCAAGUAUGGAGACAAACAAAAGAAGCAUCAGUUUGCAAAGCGGUCUGCAAAGUUUCGAGGUAAAAUGUCUUUAAAAAGUCUCUAAAAUUGGUGGAAAGUUUCAGCUUCUUUUUUAAAAGUAAGGAGGAAGCUGAAAGGACUUUAAGAAUCUUCGUUAUUUAGUCCCAAAUCUGUCCUGUGUCAAAGAUAGACAUAAGACAUGUUUUUACUGUCAGACUACACAUGCUGGCACAGUGGAUUUUUGGUGUUUGGGUGGGAAGACAUAGGCUCGAGGGAUCGGUUCCUAUCAGGUACCCUGUCACUCUAACAAGAUGUCCAACAGCGCCGUCAAUGCUCAUUCUGCUCUUGUUCCUCCUGCCCUCUUUUUCCUUUCCUCCCUUCCCGCAGCCUUGAGUCCAAGGUCGAACAAAGCUCAGUGGGAGUAAAAAAUAGUGAGUCAUUGUUUUUAAAAACAAGUGACAGUGACCCAGCACCUUGUCUGCCCCCACCUUACUUCUUUUUUUCUCUUCCUCAUUCUUUCUCUGUUUAUAUUUCGUCUCUUUGUCUCCCUCUGUCUGUACCUAUCCUUCCCACCUCCCUCACUUUCUUUGUCCUUUGCCAGUGCCGGAAGGGAGAGUGAAACGAGGCAAGCCAAAGCCACCAGUGUGAUCUGAUUUAGGCCCUCUCUCCUCUCUCUCUCUCUCCUCUCUUGGCCAGCCAUCUGACAGUGCAGGGCCUGCAUGUUGCUCUUUUCUACCCGCUUCAAUCUGCCACAGCCUGGCCUGGUGCCACAGCUGUAACGGGACCCAGCGUUGUGUAUAAAUAGGACUAGGCUGAUUCCCCUUGCCAUGCUCCUCAAUGGGAGGCUGAGGCAAUGGAGGAACAGGUGCUCCAACCCACACACUACUUUACUCUGCUUAGGCCCCUCCUUUCCCAGGCUUCCCCUCCCCUUGCUUUAUCCCGUCAACCUUUAUCUGAUGUCCUCAAAUGCGGACAGAUAGGUCAGUCACGAUGCAGGUAUUAGCUGCAUAGCUGACUGCUUGUGUCACUUGGACAUUAAACAAAAUGUUCUCAAGAAGUUUUUCCUGUGUGAUUCAGUCAAACAGCGUGUUGAGCUUGUUUCCUCUUUUGAAGCUGCCCUUCCCUCACCGCCUCUCCCUGGCUCAUGUACUGUUAUUUCGGUCGUCUACUCUCUGUUUUGGAGGUACAAGUCGGUACAUGUUAAUCAAAAUGCCUCUCAUGCAGUUUCUUAGCAUCAUUUUUCACUAUAGAAGCCACAGCUUGGGAGUGGGCGCUCAGGGAGCUGGCUUUACUUCUCAGGACUUUCCACAGCUAUAUUAACAAACAAAUGCAUUUUUCCACUGGCAGCCCACUUGGCACCACAGCUGCAUACUCUCUCUCCCAGGGUUUGUUCAGCAACUGAGCUGUUGACAAAUCUAUAAUCAGCAGAUCACCUCAUCAGAGGCAACAUGUGCCCGAGCUGACAGAGAGAGGAAACUUCAGUCCAGAGUUAGCCAUCACUUGGUUUCAUGCUGCAGAGGUCUGGUUUCACUCUGAGCUAACGUGUGGCUGCCCUCCACUACGCUGAAAGGCAGUGGCAAGCUGGUCCCCGGGGCCACAGAGGGCUCCACUCUCACCUUCUAAAGCUGCCACCGUGAUCCACUUUCUCACCCCCAGCCAGCUACUGUUAGCUGGUGCAUAUUAAAUUCUCUGCAGGGAGCACAACUCUAAAAAUAAGAGAAGAAUCUGUCUGAAAUUUUAGCUACACUAUAACGGAUGCUGCAGCUGUGGCUGCUUUCUGAAUAGUGGGGACGGCACUUUCUGUCAGAGAUAGCUGUUACAUUGCUAUGACCUCAGUUGCACCGGUCAUACGAUGUCAUUUGUGAGCUGCAAAUAUGGGGAGCUUAUUCUGUGAGCUAAUUCUGCUCCAUAUUUGGCAAUGACACACUGAAAAGGUUGGGAGCUAAAGUGAAAUGUGUCUAUAUAUCCUCCAUUGACCUGUAACUGGACUAUAGAUGGUACAAUAAAUCACGUAGAAUCAUUUAGAUGGCACACAGUCCUUUUACAGAUGAAUGAAAAGAUACAAGGAUAUCAGAGAUUGACUUCACAGUGGAGAACCUUUUGACAGGGGGGCAUGAUAUUGAUUUUACAUAACAGGUUCCUGAUUAUACAUACCAAUUAGAUUAUCAAUAGUUUUUCAUAAUUUGCAGUUUAAAAUGUGUAGAGACGCACACCUGAAGCUCUGCAUUGCUUAGAUUGUUAUUUUCUUGUUUUCACUGCCAAUCAGAACACUUCUGUGCAUGUAACAGUGUUUUUUUUUCCAUCAGGCCACUGGGCCAUUAAACUAAGCAUACUUACUAGACUCAUUUCAAAGUCUGGGUGUCUGCAGUCAAAUGCCACCGACAUGUUCACUAUGUAAAGAGAUCACGUCACACAGGACAGGUAGUGAUAUGUCUGCAUUGUAGCGUAGACCGGGGUCCACAUAUUUAGUGAGCUGGUGAAAUCCUUGGUCGUCUGAAAACGGAGGUCUGUAGACCACGGUCCCCACAGGGGUUGUGGGUUUGAGUCUGGCCCCGACCAUGUGCUGCAUGUCCUCCCCCAUCUCUCUUUGUCUAUCCACAUUUCACCCUGUCCUGUCAAUAAAGGCUAAACAUUUCUAAAAAAAAAAUAUAUAUAUACUAAUUUUAAAAAAAUCCAGUGAUGGAGCCAUUUAUUGUUUUAGCCUUGGGUUGUCUCAGAUCAAAUUUCUGCAGCUCUCCAAUAGACACUAUUUUAUGCAGACUUUUUGUGGUGAUAAUGGUACCUGCAAUGACUACUGCUGCUUAAGGGUGACAACUUUUCAGGUGAUUCAGAGUUUUAAAACUUUUUUUUUUUAAAACAUCCUGGAAUACUUGCACCAUGUCCAAAAACUUGCAAUUGUAUUACCCUCAGGGUUCUGUAAGUCUUAAAGGAGAGACAUGAGUUUAUUGUUUUUUUUUUUUUGUUUGUUUAUCUUAUCACACCAAUGACCUGCAUUGUAUUGUGUCUACAGAGUUUAAUAGCCAAAUCAUGGUAAUAAUUCUGCUUAAGAACUGAACAACUUUAUGUUUUAGCAAUACCACUUCAAUACACAUGUGGUGCAGUCACAUUGCAAAUGAUGCAAUCCAUCUUUAUUGUUGCUCUUACUCUAAAAUGACAGUGUUUCUCUCAGUAUCAUGCAGCCAAAGCCAAUCUUGGUGUCUCAUUUUGAAGAAUGGACAUGGGCAGCAGACAUAAUGUAAGAUAUCAAAGGAACAACAAGGAAUUUCUGUGUGACCAAUAAAGGCUAACACUUGUGUUAUUUAUUUACCAACUGUUGCAGCAUGAAUGUGUGAAAGACCUCAUAACUAUUCAAGCUGCCAUGGUGACAAAUGUCUAGACUCUGCCUUUUUUUUUCCAUUUGUUUUUUCAUGAGGAGGACUAACUUUCAGAGAAUCUGGGUCUUCAGAAUGUCUGAAUAUUUUUUUUUUUUAUCAAAGGAACCGUCAGUUUGAACUCGUUCACCUCUCUCCAUCUCCAUGCUUUGUGCUCUGCUGUUCCUGUUUGUCUGUUACCCCUCUAUGCAUCCCCCCCUCCUCCUCCUUUUCUCAUUCCUGCUGCCAAAUUAAGUGUCAAACAGACAGGGAAGGCGGGUGGAUGGCCCACAUUUCUCCUAUAGAGGUCCACGCAGUAUGGUACAGUACGUUCCAGACAGUCUGCGCUCUGUUAUUCCUUUCCCUUCGUUUUGCUCUGAUACAGCCCUCACCCCUCCAUCCCUAACCCCCCUCGGGCUCAUUAGCGGCUGAUUGGGUUGUUAUUGUAAUUAAGAGCUCCUGUACAGCCAGGGAGAGCACCAAGCUGUCUGCUAAUGGGUGGUCCUCAGUGGGAGGAUGGGCUAGGGAGGGGUCAUGGUCAUUGUCCAACAGAACCCCCACCCACACAAUGUCUACCAGUUUUUUUUCUCUGAUGUCUGUUUGGGUCUGUUUUUGUUUUGUAAGUCAUUUCUGUCGGACACUUUUCUCUCUUCUCGAUCCCAAAAAUAGAAAAUCGUGCAGCAGGUGUCUCUUUGUGGUCCGUGCUGCUUCUCUGUCUGUCUUUGUGUUACGUGCUCUCCCUUCAUAUAUCCAGUCAAAGGUUUAAUUUGUUUGUUUUCUAGUUGGCUUAUUGUUGUGUUUGUGGCCAGUAGACCCCCCCAAGCCUUCCCCAGGCCCUGUUCAGCCUGUGUGUGCGUGUGCUUGUUACUUGUCAUGUAACAGUGGUCCAUAGCGGCCCUCCAUUCAUGCAUGUGAUCACCAACCGUCCUGUAGGUCCCUUACGUCACUCUGCGUUCCUGCCUGGGCUCAGGUUACACUUUCACCCCCACUAACUCCCUCCCCUCCAUCAUUUUCUACCCCUCUCCACCACCUCUUCCCUCGCGACCCUUUCUCCCUUAGACUCAAUCUCUGCUCUGCUCUCCUAUUCAUGCUCUUUACCUCUCCUGUGUCCCCUCUACUCCUCUCCUAAACCUGGUGGAGAGAGGGAGGAGAUGGCUUAUUAUUUUAAAGACACAGUGGCUCUCAUGCCUAUACUCAUAUCUCCUCCUCCUUCACCUCCUCCUCCUCCUCUUUCUCCUCCCGUCUUCCCCAUCUGCCCCUCGAUGACCCCCUCCCUCCCUCUCUCUCGUUCCUGUCAGUCGAAAACAAGACUCCAUUUUGUGGAGGGAGCUCCCAGCAGCACCAUUUCUUUGUGUCAAUAGAGCUUCUCCAUCAGGAGACAUGACAUAUGUGCUAGCUUGUUAGCAUGCUGGGUGAGGAGAAAGACCUCAUAUGUAUCACCACCAGAGGGGAAAACUCUUGAAAUGUGAAAAGGUCAUGUUUAUGUCCUCUCAGUGUGUCUUGGGGACGACUGUGGGCAGAGGUGAGUUGCACCCUGGCCCUGUUGUUGUUGCGUAAGACAGUUUGUUAUGUUGUCGUGUUGCACAAUAGGUAUCCAGUUAGUGCUGCAGGCUGACAGCGAGUGGGUGGCCUGUAGGCUUGUUUGAUGUGUCCAGGAGAUAAGGCAGGAGGGGCAGAGAGGUGUAAGGUUGCUGUUAUCACUGGGAAUAACACCAACUGCUACACGGUGCAGGAAGAAGUGUGUUUUUGUGUUUUGGUUCCUGACACCGUAUGUGUCUAACGAAGAGGGUGCGGCCAUGGCAAAGUGACCUGCCUGUGUGAAUGAGUAGCUGUUGUUGUUUCAAACUAGUUUAUCUGAUGAGAUGCUUAACAGCUCAUAUGGCUUUAUUGUCUGAGUUUUAUGAGUUGUUUUUGGCUGCUGGCAAAGCUGGCCGCAGGCGGAAGUGUGCAAAGUUGAGCCAGCUUUGGCCACGUCCACACUAAUGUUUGCGAGUCUUUGAAGUUACCGUCGGUUUAUAGUUCAGUAAGUGUUUCUUCUCAGUUCUGACGGUCAUGGCCUAAAUGAAACGGUUUAUCUUUUUAAAAUCAAUUUCAGAAAAAAUGAAGGAGGGUAAGGAGAGUAAACUUUGCUCCUACUGUCUGACCUAUUUGAGAAAAACAAAAAUAUACACACGGUACGCCGAUAUAAAAUGAAAGCGUUAAGCGAAGAAACCUUCAAUGCCCUCACCCCAACAUUUAUGCUCCACCAGUGAGCUGCAUCACCUACAGCACGUCCGUCUUGACCCUGUAUUGGACGAUCUUUCCUCUAAAGAAAUAUCCAUGUCUUCAUAACUUAACCCGUAGUUCAAACCUGCAGUCGUAGUAAAUAUCACAGUUUCAUUUGUCAGUAAAGCGGUUACAGGCUUUAUUGGCUUCAGUCCAUUAUCAGAAGUCUCUUAAACAACUCUAUUGACGUGCUGCUGGUCGGAGUUUGUCCCUGAAUUGUUGACAUGUUUGUCUCGCUAACCAUUAACAGAAUGGGAAGUUAAUGGGUAGCUUACACCUGGGAAAUGAUGAGGACCAGUAACAUCUCAACAAAACCAAGUUCUCCACAGCAAGAAUUUGACCUCAAAAGUAGAUUUGUUCAUUGUGUGAUGUUUGUUCGAAGUAGUUGGGGAUUGAGUCUUGGGAAUAUCAAAAAGUAGAGAGCUUUUCAAACAUAUUGUACAUGAUUUGUACUGAAUUAGCCAUAAAAUGUUUCUGUAUGAAACGAUCAAUGUAACUAAGGGUAAUGAAAGAUUCCAGUUGUAGAAACAAAUUUGUUAAAUUCUAUUUGCUAAUUAAAUUUCCGUUCAUUUACCUGCUUUUUAUUGUUUUUAGUUGUAUUUUUGGACCCUGACAGCAGGUAGUGUAGUUGGAGAGCUUCAAUCAUGAGAACAAGUGAAUAUGUCUUAUGAGUACAGCGGUAUAACUGAAUUGGGUCUGUCUACUGGAUGAUCAUGGGUGUGUUGACUGUGUGUGCGCGCGGGUUGAUGCAAAUGUACCUGUAAAUUUAACACCAUGUUCAAACAUCCUCUGCAGCACCUGUGUGUCGAGCAGUAAAUCACUUCUCUUUCCCGCUAGUCUGUUCGCAGAAGCCUAAGCUUGCUGUGACAAGGUGUUGAUGGAAAAGUCUGUUUAUGUAUAAUAAGUUGAUCUGGGUGGGAAAAACUUUACACCUUUGUGCUAAUUGAUAAAAGUUUGUCGAUGACAGUUAAACAAAGUUUUGAAAGACAAUGACUUUGGGUUUUUAAUCUGGAGGUAACGUUCAGGAUUAUUGGUUGAAGUUGAGAAAAGGAAAUGUCUGUCUCUUUAGUAAAACUACUUCAGUUAAUGUUUAUUACUCCUACCUGGUUAGCUCUUUGUUUUGACUGCAGAUUACUGGUGAACACUGUUAUCUUUCUGUAACCACUAUAUGUAAACCUGCACUGUCAUUAAAGCAAAUGCGUCUUCCUCUCUUAUGUAGUGGCAACAGUAGCAGUAUGUUUUCAUUGAACCACUUUUAAACUGUAAUGUAGGACUGAUAAAACGAUAACUAUAUACAUCAGAAAAAUUUUCCCUUGAUAUUGAUAUGAAACAAAGUCAAUAUGCUUUUCGAUAGCCGGUAUUCUGCCAUGUUUUGGUAGACUAUAUGAAUAGCCAAUGAAAAGGGGAGUUGCUCCAGAUCGUGCUGCGCUGAACCUAUCAUGAGCUGAAUUAGAACCAAAUAGCAUAGUAGCUACACGCAACCAUAGCACUUUAACACGUGAAGCCGAUAGCGCUGCAGAUGAAGGCUCAACAGAUGACGACAUCAUGGACAACAAACACUGGCAAACAGUUUGCGCUUCAAAUGAUGUCAAGUACAUGUUAAAUUUCAUUUAAGAGUAACAGGAAACAUUUAAGAUUGUGAUUUUUUUUUAUAUUGUGAUACAUAUCGAUAUCGACUGAAAUGAAAAAAAAAAUUUUGUCAUAAACUUUUUCCCAUAUCGCCCAGCCCUUCUGUAAGGCAUCCAUCUCUUGUUUUUUUUUUGUUAAGUGAUGAGAAUUACACUAAAAUCCGGCAGCAGCACCAGCAGCAUGUCUCCUCUCUGUACAUCUCUUCAAACAACCAUCUCCAGUGUUCUUUUUUGUAUGUGUGCAUGCAAAUAAAUGUGUUUUAGAGCAAGUGUGUGUUGGGAUUUGCCAGUGUGUGGCAGCAGCAAAAGAGUAUGAAUGGGCAUGGAUAAGUGGUAACCCCUUCAUGUCUGCUUCAUUCAGAUCAGGCAGACCCUUCCAAUAAUUUUCCUCCACAGAGAGAAACUGCUGGAGCCAAUGGGAAGAGGGAGAGAAAGAGAGCAAGCGUGUGUGUGUGUUUUUGUGUGUGUGUGUGCUUGUGUGAGAGAACAGCCAGUUAUUUUGCAGCAGGGGCUUUAUUAAGGGGUUGUUUCUUGAAUGAGCCUGCUCUGCAGUGCAGAUCACUGGUGGUUUCAUGGCUGAAAUGGGAAAAAGAAGCAUCUGUUGAUAUUCACAUCCAGUUUUAAGUACCCUUGUAAAUAGAAGACAUCAAUUUACCCAUUUGCGAAUGCCGCAGUGAAACAAAUUCUUUAGAAUUGGAUGUACCUUAAUAUCCCAAGUAAAAUGGCCAUGUAUAAAAAUCCCUAAAAUACAGUACAAUGGACCACAAACUCUAACCUUGAGGGAAAUGGCAAUAAAAUCUCAGAUUUCUGAUAAAAAUACACCCUCACAUCACAGUUGUUCUGAAAUUAAUAGAAUACUCAGCAGUGAGAAGCAGAAGAAACUAGAAAUUUGUGUAUCACAAAAACUGAGAGUGCAUGAUUGUUUAUUUUAAUUCAUUUCCAGUCUCAAGAGGAAAUUACCUUUUGAAUCUUCAAAUCAUAGAAACACAGGACAUUGUUCAAAAGCUGUCUUUAUAAAAUGAGAGUAUUCGUACUCUUUCUCAUGUCUCCCUUCAUUUCUCUCUUUUCAGUCUGCCAGAGUAAAGACAUCCGGAACAAUGUGACGAAUCUCCAGUCGCUGGAGAAUUGCACCAUCAUCGAGGGCCACUUGAAGAUCCUGCUCAUGUUUAAGACCAAGACUGAUGACUUCCGAGGCCUUAGCUACCCUAAGCUCCGGGUAGUGACAGACUACGUGCUGCUUUUCAGGGUCUACGGCCUUGAGUCCCUCAGUGAUCUCUUCCCCAACCUGACAGUGAUCCGAGGAAACAACCUCUUCUUCAACUACGCUCUGGUGAUUUAUGAGAUGCUGCAGCUGAAGGAGGUGGGACUCCACAGUCUCAUGAACAUCACCCGGGGUUCCGUAAGGAUCGAAAAGAACCCAGAUCUUUGUUACCUGGCCACUUUGGACUGGUCUAAAAUCCUGGACUCGGUAGAGGACAACUUCAUUGUGGCCAAUAAGAAUGACCGUGAGUGUGGAGAUGUGUGUCCUGGCACAGCUCAGGGUCAGACUAUCUGCUCGCAGAACACCAUCAACGGACACUUCAGGGGACGAUGCUGGUCGCAGAACCACUGCCAGAGAAGUAAGUGUUAAUGUGUGUCUGUUUUUUAGGGAGAUAUUGGGGGUCAGACAUCUAAAAAUGUAACUCCUGGGGUUUUUUGUUUUUUAUUCCCACAUUGAGAAGAAUACUGAUUCAGAAAUAGUCACAAGACAGAGAUCAACUUUUGUUCCCUCAUCUUAUUUUCAUUAGCAGCGCUCGCUCUCUUUACUUCAUCUCUGUGUAAAUGACCUCAGCUGCUCUCUCUCUCUUUGGCUUGCAGCUUUGGGUUUGAAAUGUGACACGAGAUCUCUCAUUUUGGUCAUCUCUGACACCCCUUUAGUACUAUCUAUGUGAAAAAUAACACAUUUGAUCUUAUCAAGGCACAAGGUACAUUUUGGCAAACUUACCUUGGGUGAUAUUAAAACAACCCAGGGUUAAUUAUCUCCACAUUCAUGUGUCUGUUUUCAAAACUAACUGGUUAUAGCUGUUCCUGCCGACUUGUAAUGGUGCUAUUUGGUCAACACUAGUCAUAUCCCACAGUUUAUGCAUGACUCUACAGCAUCAUCAUCAUCAUCAUAUACAUGAGCCCAGAGUGUCAGACUUUACUUUAAAAGCAGGUUGAUCGCUCUCAGGUGUUUUUGAUUUUUAAACAUUUGUGUACAGAGCAUCGGACAGAUCUCCAUAUCGUCUGGCUAUUGUGUGCAAACAUGCUGAGUUAAGCGUCUUCCCUGACUCCAAAAUGAUCCUUCAAGACACAUUAUGAGAAUUUGCACCUCAGAUUUUUUUCCCCAUCCAGAAAUCAAUCGAGACAACAGAUGUUUUUCAUUCCAGAUGGUUUAUGUAAGGAUUUCUAUGGAGUGGAGGGCUGCUCCUAAUAUCAGCAGCUAGGGGUCGCGGACUGAUUAGCAUUCAUUUACGGAAGCAUUGUGAGCAAAUGAUAUGUAAUUAUGGACUCAGGAUCUGCUUGAUGUGUGAGAUGACCCUCCAUCGCUAACUCAAGGCUGGGCAUAAUAGGAAAUAAAUAGAUUAUGAACAGAAGUGAUGAUGGAAAAGUUUAAAAAGUGAAGUAAACUUUUCCUUGUAAAAGUUGCACAGAAUUCUCCUGUUCUGGUCAAAAAGAGAUUUAUGUUUACUUGUUGCAGGCAGCCAGAGUAUCGGCCAGUCAGCCAGUCAGUCAGUCUUUUCUCUCCUACCAUAAACACACAGAAUGGCUUCUAUUGUAAGACACACGGAGAGAAUGCUUAUUAUUUUUUCAAGGCGAUUAUAGCUUAUGUUGUUUUUUUCCCUCCGUCCCUGUGUCUGACAUAAAGGCCAACGUUCAAAGCAGAACGACCUCGGCCAUGUUUAUACUUUGACAUCCACUGUUGCAGCCCGCAUAUAAUGUUGGCUCCUCGAUUCUCUGCCAGGUCUCAGUCACUGACGGGAAAGUAAUACAGGAAAUAGUUCCCUGUGUGUCUCUGUUUCUGCACACAAAACACUUGCACACACACUUACAGACGCACAGACAAAUAGAGUUAGGGUUUUGACUGAGGGAUGCAGUUUGUUUUAAUGGUUGGACUAAAACAAGUGUAGCGUCAUCGAGAGGAAUUCAAAGUUUCCAGUGACACAAUAAUGGGGUUAAAAUGGAACAAUAACACACAUUUAAAGGCUCAUGUGAUACAAAAAAUUUGCUGUUUUUGAGAGCACCAGGAAGUGUUAUGAAUAAAAUCAAACACUGGAAGCAACAUUGACUUGUAGUUCUAACUGCUGUCCAGAUUUUUGCGCAAUUCACGACAUUUGUUCGAAUUUCAUUAUUCUCCCUCUAAAUUGGCACAUAUCAACAUGAGGGUAGCUGAGCGCUUGCUUAAGCCUCACUUAUUUGCAUUAAAAUGCUGUUAGCAUGAAAAUUUGUCCUGAGCCUCAUCCAGUUGGCACAGUGUAGCCAAGUUAAAGGGAUAUUCCGGCGUAAAAUCAAUUUAGGGUCAAACACACCGUAACACUGAGUUUGAAACCUCGUUGAAAGAUGAAUGUUGCCGACCGCUUGCUCCUCUAGUUGGACCACCUUUUGUAAUGACCGCAUGAUAGCAAUACACAGCGGUCCCAGGAGCCACGGGCUCAACCAAAAUGCCACUCUACAGCCACGAAUAAUGCUCAGAACAGCACCUAACUUCAUCAACAGUACAUAUAGGGUCCCAGCCACAGUACUAGCCACCAAACAUCUUUUUAACUUUGCCUAAUUUCUUUAGCAAAGAGACUAAACACAACUCACCCACUCUCUUCCAGCAGCCGCUUGUUUGUAUGGAGACCUCAGGUGAGUCUGCAUUACCGCUAUGGGGUGACGCAGCUCAAGGAAGAACAUUUAUGAUCAUUACUUUAUCAUUUCCUUGAAGUAAUAAUCACCAUAAUACUCAUUUUGCACUGCAGACAUGGUAGUUCUCAAGUCUGAUUCCAUUUCCAUGAAGAAAUGAUCAUAACUUGGUGUUAUGGUUUGAUUGACCCUAGCUUAAUUUUACGCCGGAAUAUCCCUUUAAUGAGUAAUGGAUUUUUCAUAUUCGUUGUGAUAAAUUCAGAUUUUAAAUGGAGGUGUGUUGAAGAUCUUUUUUACUCCUCCAUUAAAGGAGUUUUCAUGAAAACAGGCCCUGGACUUCAGUUAAGCGUUGAACACCCGCACUCCUGAGAAGAAAAACAAAUCAACUGUUGAACAAAAGUGUGUGUACAGUACGUCAAACAGCCAGUGUGUGUACAUGUGCCUUCAUGUCUCCUCUGCUGCCGAUAGGCCAGGACAGCAGGUAUGAUGCUGUGCUCUGUGUCAUGUGACCAGCUCCAGUUUAGUCAAGAGCGGUGUGUCAAAGUAGGAGCCAUUUCUAGAACAUGAUGCAAUCCCUGUCUGCCCCUUUGGUAAGGGAGGGGGGGUGAGAGGGUGUGUGAGCGUGGGUUGGCUACACAUAGAGAUGAUAUGAGCACACAUAAAGUAAAUGUUUGCUGCUUAUUACCUCAGCAGAGGUGAAAGCUCGAGCUAGAGAUGUGUUUUUAGCCCCCGGCGACCAAACCCUCUUAGAUUUCAACCUGAAAUCCGUGCAGCUCAACAUGUGAAGUUGAUGUAAGAGUUCCAUGAAUAGUAAAUGUAGCUUAGCAGCAUUUUUAUAUAUAAGUAAUGUAUAAAAGUUAAUGUAUAAAAGUUACAUAAGAAGUCAGUCAUGUGACUACUCGGAUUUAGCUCUUUAUUACACUGGUGUUUUAGCCCUACAGGUCGACACAAAGAGGAUAAAAAGUCCUGAGAUGUGAAACUAGAGUAAGGGAAAUGUGUCGAUGUACAGUGCAACAUGUGCUGGGUAGUGGUGGUGGUGGUGUCAUGAUGCAGCUGUAGGAUCUUUAAUUAGGGCUUCUGUGAAUGAAAACUCACAGUUUACAAAAUUAGACGCACACUUACAUACACAUGUGUGCGUGUGUGCACGGGAGACCUGGGUGCAGGGUGGAGGAACAUUAGAUGGGGCAUUAAAGUUUAUGUGUGAGUGGAAACUGUGGGGUUGUUUUUGUUGUGCUUUUACAGGGUUCCAGUUGCCUUAGGUAAGAGCCAAGGGAGAGCCUGCAUUCCUCUGAUCUUACACAUGCUCCUUACAAGCUGGAAAACCACUGUGUGUGUGCGUGCGUGCGUGCGUGCGUGCGUGCGUGUGUGUGUGUGUGUGAGAGAGAGAGAGAGAGAGAGUAUGUGUGUGGGAGAGAGUACAUUUAUGUGUGUGUGAACCAAGACAUGUCAUGUUUUACAGUGCAAGGCCCUUAAUAGUAACUUGUAAGUAAGUUGGCAAUCCAAACAAACUGGAGAGUAUAUGAGACCUGACGUUUACUGACUGCUGCUCUUUUCUCCUUUUCUCUAUGUGUGUGUGUGUGUGUGUGUGUGUGUGUGUGUGUGUGUGUGUGUGUGUGUGUGUGUAUGUAUCUGUCGCACAUAUGUAUUUUGUGUGUUUUUGUGCAGGUAGCAGGGGUCAGUCUGGUUGUAGAUUUUCUCAAGUGCACUCAGGCUGCAAUUUUCUCAGCUUUUACAGGCUGUCACCAGUCGCUGUGGCUUUGUUGCCUGAUUGACUGUUGGUGGUUGCCCUCUUUUUUUUUUUUUUUCACAACAACAGACUUCAAAGGUGGAAGUGCUGCGAGCAGAAACUCACAGUUUAAGACACAACUGAUGCAAUUUUCCACGUGACAAAUUUCUGAGAACACAAACAAUUCAUCCGUCAUAAGAUGACCGUGUGUUUCUUAAGUAAGUGAAAAUGCAUUAAAAGCACAGAGGGGAGUUUUCAUGUUGUGUACAUUGAGGGUGAAUUGGUUUAAGACUAAAUUUCCCAUGAUCACCAUCGCCUAUAGUUGAGGGUGAGAUGCAGUUCUCGCUGAAGCUGCUUUAGCUUGUAAGGUCCUAGUCCACUGGUCGACUUAUUGGUUGAUAUGUGCUGAGUCGACCAAAAUUUUGAUUGGUAGACUUGAUAUUUUUCCAUGUCAAUUUACUGUCUAUGGUUAAUUUCAUCAGGAGGAACGCACCAAGUGCUAAUGGGGGUGUUUUCAGAGCACCUCCGUUUCACUGGUUACAGCCUGUCUCAGAACACCCCCCUUGUUUUCACCAUUUUUGGAUUUGCCCAACCCACUGGAGGCCGGCUGGGGAAAGGAAGAUUGAAGAAUGUCCACGUUAAUCAACCUCCGGUGGGCAAUAUCUGUUUUUGUAGGAUGGUAGGGGAAAGUCCCGCCUCCUUCGCCUCUGGUUGGCUGGAAAAGCUGGAAACGCCAUCACACGUUCAAGCUAAACGCGGGCUGUCGGUUCUGUACAUCGAACAGAACAUUAUCACACUUCUGUACUCCUAACCCUAACCCCAAUUCUUAUCCUAACCCUAACCCUUACCCUAACUGGACAGAUGAUGAUGUUUCACAGCCAUAAGGAAUAACCAAUUGGAGCGCAUCACUUCUAGCCAAUCUGAGGCGAAGGAUGGCGGGACCUUCCCCUACCAUCCUACAAAAAAAAUUCGUGUCCGGUGGUUUGCUGAAUAUAAAUUUUUAUUUUGAGCGUUUCAACUUGCCUUUUGCGUUAAAUUGACUUCACCCCAACCCACCACGCCCUGCCAAUCCGCAUUGUCCCCCGCCACAGAACGGUUUGCCCACCCAGUCGAUUUUUGCUCAAAAAUUUCAGGGAAUUUCUUAAGUUAUUACAGCCCUUCUGUUAAGUAGCUUACCAAAGGUGACCAACAUGCAGGUCUACGGAUGCUUGGGACAUUCCUGAUGUACUGUACUCAGGUCUCCCAACUUACCCAAAAUAACAUAAAUAUGCACACAGUUAAACUCUAAGUUAAGAAAGUUUGUAAAAACAGAGGCAAUAUAUCAGAGGCUAGUGAGAGAAGAAGUACAGAUAGACUGGGAGUAAGGGGAAUAUUCAGAGAUGAUGAGAGACAGUGGGAAAAGGGCGCAGAAGGGGGAUCUCUUGUUUAGAUAAGGCUCUGUCUGUUGCUGAGGCCUGGCACACUGUGUACAGCCCCACAGACACCAGCCUGCUCUUUGCUUGCACAACUCAUAGACACAAAAACACACACAAGCAAAGAGGAGAAAAAGCUUUUUGGGUCAAAGUUCAUUUUGCCUGCGCCUACAUGCUUUGUUGUUUGCUGUAUUUGUUUUCAGACAAACACACACGCUGGAGUCACAGCCUGAGCUCCACUGUGACAAAAGCCACCGAAGAGAAAGUGCCCCCUCACUAUUGAACGCACAGCUUUCAGCCUGACACAGUCACACAGGUUAAACCUGUACUAGUGGUCGAUCUAAGUGGGCCAACUGCCCAGCGCCAGGCUUUGAAAACAGGCCUGUCUGGGAUAGAUGGGAAUAUCGUGUUAGCUGUUAAGAGUCGUUUUGCUCAUUCACAAAUUUUAAAAAACCAAGGAAGAGAGAAGGAUUAGUAUUACUGUAGAGGUUUAGCAAGAGAGGGAGUAGGUGGGAAAAUAAAAAAAAUAAGACAGCUCUUCUCUAAGUGAUGCUUGUAGCAUUUUCAGUACUAACAGGAACUUUAUUGUGAAGAAAAAACAGCUGUUGAGGUGAUCUUCUGAGCUUCAUGUUAUAGCUUUGAGAGAAUCAAUGAAGGAAAGCAAAUUCAGAAAAAAGGUGAGUUUAAUUUUGAAUACAAAGUAUAUGAAUACAAAAUAUUAACAAUUAAUCGUGUGUCCUAAUACUUAACCUUUUCAAAAAGACUGAUUUUAAUGUUCCAUUUUUCUGUCAUCACUGGCAUUUAUGACUUUUCCAUUAGUGUUUGGUUCCUCAUUCUUUCAAAUGAAAGUCGACAUCGGGGAUAAGACAAGGGCCAGAUGAGGAGGCCAAGAGGGGAAGAGAAGGGGUUGGGCAAAGCAAAAUAAACAGAGCAAAACAAACAUGGCGGGGUGUUUCAAGUGUGGCUCCCAGGUACACCCACAGACGCACACUAAAAACACACACACACAAACACACUUACAGAAAAGAAAGCACACACUUUUGGCCAGCCCAGCUAGUGGAAGCUAAAGAGAGAAAGAAAACGACAGUAUUAAGGAUUGUGGAGCUCGAUGGAGCAUGCUGUUGGCGUGCACCAACCACAACCAAACAAAAACACUUAACCGGCCCGUCCACUUAAUUGGAGUGUAAAAGAGUUUCUGCGCAGGCUGCUUAGACUCACCUCUUUCUACCAUUCUUCUGCCCUCUCUAUCUUUACUUCAUUCUAUGCUGUUGCUUCAAAUAAAACAUAAAUGAAAGCAGUUACCUUGAGCUGCCGAAUAGCCAUUGUUCAGUGACAGAGAGAGAACGAGGAUUUGAUACAAAAGGGACGGAUGGAUUGUUUGCAGAAGUUUGUAGUUAAUUUGGAGGAUCGCCUCUGUCCUCCAACUUACUUUCCAAAAAAUGUAAGAUACUCUCUUUACUUGUGAAAAGCAGCCCAACCUUACAACACAAUUACCAGAGUUAUCGAGCACUUCUGCAUGAAAGGAGUGACAGAUAAUAUAAAAUCAGCCUUUUAUCUCCAAAGUGCUUAUUUGUUGCAGCAGGACAAGAAAGACAAAAGCACAAGGUCAGAGUAGAUAAAGUGCAGGUCUUCAGAAAGUGAUAUUUCGAUUCUAAGGUAGUGCAAAUAAAUGUCACAUGUGCGUGUUUACAUGUGCGUGUUACUGUGAGUGUGCACACGGAAAUACUUCAUUAAGUUUGAUGUGUACACGAAAACACUCCCACUCACAGCUCAUGAACCUCCAUCUGCAGGAGAGCGCUUGUUGUUUUUCCCUUAUGCCAAUCACCUGUAGGCACAACAUACACACACACACUUACACACACACACACACACACACACACACAUACACAGGUUCUGUUUCUCUCAAGUGAGCAGCAGUUGCAGAGGGCAUACCCUGAAGAUAAGUUAAGAAUACACUCAGUAAAUACCUAAAGGGCAUAUAUGCAACGCUUGUCUAAAACAGUCUAAAUAUGAAGCUGAAUAAUUGCGUUCAGGGAUGCUUGAACUUUUACUUCCCAGCUUAUUCAGUUAGAAGAGAAAAAAGUCAGAAACACAACCAAUUUGCUCUCUUCUCCCUUUGCGGUUGGCUGCGUGGAAGCUUGUCUUACAGUUAAAUAAAUAACUGGCCAACACUGAGAGGAAUACAAAUAGGGGGUGUACUGUUCAUAUUGGAUGAUAUAGUCGGGUCACUUUAGGUGAGUUAUCCAACUUUACAUUCUGGUUUUAUGUAACCAAAAUGACCAUUGCUCUAUGUAUGUAGGGCAUGUUAUAUGUUACAUGUUAUAACGGCAUCUCUACAUUGAGGUUUUUUGAUGACAAGCAUUUGAAUAAUAUCAGAAACAGGACAUGCGAUUAACAACACUUCCUUAGAAAUCAAUUUUGAAGUUUGAGGAGAGAGGAUUUCGUCUUCCCUCUGUUCUCACUAAGAGGGAAAAAAAACAGAAAGCAAACACUCGAGUGAUCUUUACCGAAUUGUUUCCUGCUUCCUUCUCAGGUCCAGUUUCUGAUUAAAGCAAUAAGAUCCUGAUGGUGAUGCACUCAGAUGGAAGAGAAAGCUGCAAAUAGUUGUACUUAACUCCGUAAAAGGUUAACACUAAAAACCAUAAAUAAAUCCAAAUUAACUUUGAUAAGCUGGCAUUCUUUGUAAGUGUGUUUGUGUGUGUGUACAACCCCCCCCCCCCCCCCCCCCCACACACACACACACACACACACACACACACACACACACACACACACACACACUGUUCAUGCACAGAGCGGACAGGCAGUGCUAGCCCUGGGGGAUCUGGAAAACUCUCUCUCUCUCUCUCUCUCUCUCUCUCUCUCUCUCUCUCCUUCUCUCUCCUCUCUCUCCUCCAGCUCAUCAAUGAGCGGGCACUCCCACAUCCUGCUUUACACACACACACACACACACACACACACUCAAAGUGCACAUGCGUAUAUGGUCCACAUUCAGAUACACAAACACACAACAAAUACACACUUGUGCAGAGAGCCAAGUGGAGCACAAGCGUUCACACAAGGCUAAGUAGAGCACGCUGACACUGCUGCUCACUCUUCUAGCAGGCGAUUGGCUGUUGGUGGAGAUGCGAGUAGCCUUUCUUGUGGAGAGGAUGGGGGCUUCUGAGGAUACCAACAUGCUGGAACAAGAUAUAUGACUGCUGCUCCUGUGCUGUGUUAGUGUUUUUAGAAUUGUGAGGAAGGAGAGGGUUACUCCCAAACAAUGUCUACAUUCCUCUCUUGUAUUUUUUAAGAACAGUUGAUUUUCUUGGGUCAGCCUGGGACAGACGGAUGACAUGAAAGAGACUCAUAUACCGUCUUGAUUGAGGUAACAGCUUGAUCCCUUCAUGUGUGCGCUGUGGAGGAAAGCAUGUUGGCAGGCAAGUGGUUGUUUAAGCCUGAGCUGUCUGAAUGGACUUCCUCAUUACUUCCUGUCUUUGUGCAAAGCACUUCCUAUCGCUGAGCUCUAGAACCUGGCCCUGGGGAAGGCUGGCAGCAAGUGAGGAGCAUGGAGCGUCGAAGGAUAUUAUUUACACGAGAUAGGAAAGAAAGGAAAGGCGCUGUCGAUUUAUAACCCUCCUGACACCAAAUGCCAAGAUAUGACUGGGUGGUAAACGUUUAUUUCCUGAACUGAUUGGCAAGCCUCCAUUGUUAGAAAUUAGCAAUCACUCAGACAGGCACUGAGGUAGCAACGAGGAUUUCACAAAGUGUUUGAAAGGAAAGAAAUCCAAACAACUCUCCCACUGGUUGAUGUAAGGGGUUUGCUUUCAGGUUUCAUUAGACCAGAUGAUCCGCUAUCAGUUCCGACAUGCACCCUACACACAUAUAACCCACUGCCUGAUAAGUAGAAGCCUUAUAUUCUAGUAGGAGUGUCCCGAUACAAUAUUGAUAUUGGAUAUUGAUCUGAUAUCAGCAAAAAAAAAACAAAAAACAAAAAAAACAAGUAUCUAGCAGAUCCUUAAUCCAGCAAGCUGAGCCCACAAAAUCACAACAACAGUGUGCACUAAGGUACUAACAAAAUAGCAAAGAGUAAGAGUGAUGUCGGCCUUUGGGCAGUACUUUUUGUUUAAGUCCGAAAAAAACAUUGCAGCUGAGUGAAAAACUUGUCAUGCACAAUUUUGUGCCAAUAUCGAAUCAAUAUCGGUAUCGGUCAAUAUCGAAGGCUACAAUAUCGGUAUCGUAUCAGAAGUCAAAAAAUUGUAUCGGGACACCCCUAUAUCCUAGUAUAAUGAAACGUGGUCCAAUUUUGACCUGUCAGCCAAUCUAUAAAGGUGCAUUUCAACAAAUUAGAAUAUCAUGUCAAUAAUAUAGACAAGCAAAUACAGACCAAGUUCAGAGAGACUCAGCAUCUCCCUGCCAUGCCACAAUGAUGCAUAAAUGCAUGGUAAUAGAGCCUCAACUAAGUACAGAGUGUCUCAGUGAAUAUACUUGUAUUCUGAAAUAGAUAAGGACUUUCCACGAUACUCUAAUUUGCUGUGGUACACCAGGACAGUCAGCCCUUACAUGUAAACAGAUCCACAGUACUGACACUAUUCUAGUACACCUGAAAAAAAAGGACAAAAGAUGAUGCAAAACACUCACAGUCUUGCACAACACAAUAGACGUGCACAAUUUAAUAAACAGAACACAUUUACUGGAGUGUCUAAGUGAUAACUGUGACUCUUAAAGCCAACCCUGGUGUUGUUACACAUAGUAUUCUUAUUUUUCAGUCUUGCAAAACAUGUUUUUGACUACUUCUCCUCAAAUAACCCUUCACAGUUUUUUAUAAAAUGGGAAAUAUCAACUGAUCCAUAUCUACAGGUCCUUAAGUCUGCAACUAUUUCGUAAAUUGUUGCCUUUUUUCAUGCAGUUACUUUUUAUCUUAGUGGAUAUUACCAACAUAAGAAGGUUUUUGUGAUUGUUUUUCUUCAGAAACUCAAACAGAUCAUAGUUCGCUGUUUCAUCUUCAGUACGGUAUGUUGUCAAACUGUUCACAGAUGAUGUUUGAAACUUAAAGUCAAAGUUCAAAGAUUUUCAGACUCUCAGUAGAGAAAAUCGUCAAACUAGAAGAAUUUGUCUUCACACUCCCCAUGCAAAAGCACUUCAGACCUCUGAAUCAAAGCAGGUACAGCCUCUACCUGCACAUCAUUUGCUGAAGAAAACACUCCUGCUCCAUCAAAGGUACACGAUCUCAGAACCACGUGUUAGAGGCUUAACUUAGUCUGUCACCAGUGCUACUAGUAUGUACUCUAUUUGGAAUAUGUGAUGCUUAUGCUCCAUCAAAUACUUGGAAUUUCAUGGGUGGCUUUGAGGUGGCUCGUCUGAAGGGGUUGGGUUGGGGAUGUUUGGAUAUUUGAAAUUUGCAAGAAUUUUGUCGUUACAUCACCAUCUUGGGAAAGCAGUGUUUCCCACAGGUUGAGAGUGUGUACGUGUUGGUUUGUGGGUUGUUGAGUUCAUUUUCAUCUGAAAUCGGACACUCCAUAAAUAAUUAUUCCGCUUAUCUGUUGUUUGCUGCUGUUUUGACCACAUGUACGCUCCGUUUUGGGUGAGAAAGAACAGUUUAUUGAAACAUGUGCUCCUAAAGAAGCCUUCGAUACAAAUCAUCUUUGUUUUUCUAAAGUUACGCCUGUCCUCAAAUGACCUCCCAAGCCUUGAAUUUGGUUCCAAACCCGACUUUUUCCAUGUAGCUCUGUCCAGACCGAACUCACUUCACUGAAUGUCAUGUUCUUGACUUUCAGGAAUUAGACCUCUUCCCUGAACCAUCCAUUGUGAUUCUCCUCGUGCUAAAAACACAGAACCCUUCAGGGAGUGUAGCCCUACCCCGAGUGUGUUAAGUGCCUGGGAAAGGAGCAUAAUUCUCAGUAAACAGGAGCUUUGAUGGUGACCAGUUCUCCUGUGUGGGCUGAAAUGGUGCAGUCAAGAGAACCUCUGUCUAUUUAAGGCCAUUUCAGCGACACCAAGCUCAGGGCUGGGGGUUUGGCAUGGAGGGGGGUGGGUGGGGGGGACAGAUGCAGGGGCAGAUUAUUGGGAGAAUGUGACCCCAGGCUGACCCACCCAGGUCAGAGGUGGGCAAGAAGGGGGUGGGGGUCAGACACCAGUGGGCCAUUUGCUGGACAUAACUACAGGCUGGGACAUGGGCAUGGACACACACACAGACGCACACACUCACACACACACACAUGCAUUCCAGAAGGGUUACAAAGACAGGAAGUGCCUAUGUGAAACAUAGACAGGUGUGUGUUCAGUGUUUGUGCCAGGUCGCAGGACCACACACGCGAAGAAAUGAUGUUUCUUCUUCCUUCUUAACAUUACUCUACUCUUCUUCAGGUCCCUUUUAAACACGCACAAAACUCCCAUGUCUGUAAUCACGAGCAUUUUAAGAAUCCUCCUUGAGAGCUCCUAACUUAUCUUUAACAUUUAUGGUUAAGUAGUCCUGGCCGAGGAAUGAUUUAAAGAAUCAAUCUCAGAGCAACUGAACAAGGAAGGGGCAGAAAUGUACAUCUUGUUUUGACAGUUUUGAUUAGUCAGUCUACAAAAAGACAAAGUCGAAAAGAGUCAGUCAAUAACUGAUUUAGAAGAUUGGCAAAAUCCCUUAGCCUGGUUGUGCUGUAGUCAAGUCGUCUUUUCCUCACAUAUAUGGGCAUGCAGAUGGUUUUGUCGGCGUAUGUUCGGAAUCUAAUUGAGAGUCAGAGAUGUCAGUCAGUACGUUAACAUGACACUCGAGAAAACCGAAUUAUUGCCUUACCCCGAUGAAGACCGGACAACUGAAGUGCAUGUAAACAGCUUAGUCCAACUAUAAUCUGAGUCUCCGAUUGGAGUCGGAGAACUCCGAUUAAGACACCCAGAUAAUGUGAUUAGAAUUCGAUGUUCUCUACCAUGUUACUAGCAUUGUCUGAGUAUGAUCGGACAAUGCAUGUGCGCCAUGCCCCUGUAACCCCGGAACAAAAACAACAGAAGAGGAGUCGUGUGCUUCUCAUCCGCAGAAAAAGUAGCGUGUACAUCAUGUACAACAAAAACAAAACUGUACGAUGCUCCAUCUUCUUGAUAAGAAAUGCCCAGCAGCAGUUGUAGCCACUUCUGAUGUCUGGCACGGACCUGUUGUUGUCGUCGACAGUUGUAUGGGGUCAACCGGAAACAGUGUUGCUGAAAAGACCCAUAUCGCCCCCUAGUUUUGGGGAGGAGGACACGUUCACGUCAAUAAUUCGAUUUUCUCAGCUGCAUGUGUACGCGGACAAGAAGAGAGGUCCGAUUCGGUGAAAAAAAAGAUUUAUGAGCUUAGUCUGAGUUAACACUGAGUGUUUCUGUCUCUUCUAAAAUGCAUUUACUGCACUGUGACAUCUCCUGGUAUAAUGAACCUUUUCUUGAUGCUGUUUUAAUCUUUUCGCACAGUGUAUCGCUACAGAAGUUACUCUGUGUGCUGUUACUUCUGUUUACAUCUUUAAUUAGAGGCUUUCCUUAUGCUCUUCUUUGAAAUAAGAUCACGAGUGAAGCUGCUGCAUUUCCCUCUCACUCCUCCUAACAGUUUUUCACCUUAAGAGCUCCCUUGAGGGGUAAAAAGCUUUGUGAAUAACUCUUACUGUUAUGCAGAUCUAGUCUUAACCUUUUGGAGAAAAUUUCCAGAAAACGUCGAGACUCUCUGAAUUUUUUUCUCAGGCUUUCGGCCACUCUGCCCCGCCUCCUGUCGUCUUCGAUCUCACACAGAAAUCUUUUAUCUCGCACAAUAAAGAGAGCAUAUCAUUGAGGACUCUGUUAUCACAGAAUUCGUUUUCUCUUUCUUCGGCUGAAUGGCUCAACAUUUGUGUCACCCUUGCUCUGCUGACAUUGAUACAAAGCUCUGAUAUGCACAACUGGACCUCUCCUCCGACUUAAACCUUAUUCUGCUUGUUGUUUGCACAUGUUUUGAGACUCAGACUGCAUGUGUAGAUAUCAGUGGAAUCUAUAGUGAAACCAAUGUGAUGAUAAGCGCUAACAGUGAAGCGUAAAAAAUGGGUGACAAGGGUAACAUUUGCGUAUGACUGAGCCUAACUUGUUGUAUAGAUCACAAGAUAAGCCUGGAUGCCAACAGAGGAUGUGUGUAAGUGUCAUGCGCUGAGGAUGUGAAGAUAUGGACUCUAGUUUAGACAACAGACAUGAACAGACUGAAAGUUUAAGAUCACUUGAGGAGUAUCUGUUAUUGCUCCUAUUUGAUAUACCUGAAAAAAAAACUCACUUCUUUCCAGCUGCUUUAUACUUUUUGACCUUACCAGAGAGAUGUUUUAGUCUGCUUUUCCUGCUGUCUGUCUUGAUGACACCGGAGCAGUCCCGUCAUAUAAAAGCUCUGUUGUAAAACUGUUAAAACCUCUGGCUGCCUGUGCCAUCCUCAAUUCUCCUCCUGACAGCCUGAGUGGUCAUAUUUGCAAGACUGGUAUAAUAAUGCAGCGAUAAUCUUUCUCUCUUUGCCUAAACGCAUCCUGCGAUGAUAUGAGAGUGGUGACAGUUACAAGGCUGCAAUAAAAAUGGCUGCUGCUGCUGCUGCUGCUGCUCCACUGUCCUCUCUGUCUCUUGCUGUUAAGACUUGGUUGAAGUGUAGAUAAGAUUUGUAGUAGGAGAUAAUUCUUCAGCUCUACUCAGUACACUUCAAUGGCCUGUUGAUCAUUUUACCAACAUGCUUUGGGAUAUUUAGUCUUAUUGUGUUAAAAAAAAAGCUUUGAAAAAUUCUGGUUAGAGUUAAAAAAUGGUGAAAACAGAUAAGACGUGGUCUAUUUUUGACUCUUUUUUUCUCUCCGUUUCUCUUCCUAGCUUCUUCUUUCACUCCACCUUAUGUGAAAGAUCCUCCAUCUGCACUCCCUCCCUUCUCCUUUUUUCCCCUUUCUGUCCCUCUGUUCCUUUGCUUUGUGCUCUCUCUCUCUCUCUCUCUCUCUCUCUCUCUCUCUCUCUCUCUCUCUCUCUCUCUCUCUCUCUCUCUCUCUCUCACUCUCUCUCUCGCUCUCUCCCUUCCCCUCACACACUGUGGUAUGCAGACAUGCAGGAAUUUCUGGGCCUCAAAAUGAUAGACCAAACUUGUCAGUCCUGGCUCCUGUUACUAAAGAUGGCUGCCCUGGCAGUGUGUGAGCCUGUGAUUGGUGCACGUUUGAGUUACUCACCAUAUGAUUGGUCACACCGUGUUUGUCCACAGCUCCUGUGUUUCUGGCAGUGGUGUGAAUUCCUGUUUUUGUUUAUAUCAGAUACAGUUUCGUAUGUUAUUCCUGACUUCUUAGUGACUGUAAGCCCUGUGUGGGUUUGGCUUCAGAGACACAUGUGUUACUGCAUGCUGCUGUGUUAGUGUUCUUAUGUGUGUGAAUGAGGGGCCCAACUUAACAAAAGUUUAAAUAAGAGAACAAACUGCAACUUGAGAUCGAAGUUGUCAACUAAAGUCGGUCUGCAGUUAAAAGAAAUCUUUUUUCAAUCAAUUUCCAGAUUAAUCAGGUCUAUCUGAGCACCCUAUGAGGCUACGGUCCUCGAAGCAGGUGGCCUGGGUUCAAGUCUGAAUGGUGACCCCUGGUCCCAUGUAAUGUCUCUUUUAGCCCUCCCAGCUUCUUGCUCAAUCCACCAUCCCGUCUUCUUAAUAAAUGUGUGAAAACAGACCCAGAAAUAUUCGCCUUUCUGUUGAAAAAACAAAACAAUACAAAACAAAAAAAGGUACAAAAGUUCCGUAAAGGUGCACCGAGUGGAAAUGGGAAACCUAGUGAUAUCUUGCAGAAACAUAAAUGAGAAAUCAAUAAUUUUCUGCUCAAAGGCCUCUCUCUGUUCUUUCAGCAGAUUCACUCACUAAAUACAAGAAUAUACGAAAUACAAAAACAUACAUGUAGCUUGUUGUCUGUUCUUUGUUCAGGUAGCAGUAUUGCAGCCUUCAUGGAGGGAGACCUGCCUCUCAACACAGAUACAAAUCAGGUUUAUAUUUAGGUAAUCAUUCACUAAAUUAUGCAAAAUAAGAAGUAUUAUAUUCAGUUUCGAAAUACUACACACUGUACCUUUACACUCAAAGUGUGAUCUGCAAUUUUUUUUCUUAUUUUCCAAAUCACUUAACUCACAUCGGACCCGACUGCUGAGCUCAACUCCCAGCCUCACGUCUCAUGAGCGCACCUCCUUACAUAUAUUGAGGAUGACACUGAGUAGCACCCAUAGCUUGUCCUUAAUUUAGACUAUGAGCUAGUCUCUUACAACGCAUGUGUUUGUAUCACCGGGCAGAAUGACGUCCAGCCCAGCUAAUAUUUAGCAUGCCUUGGCUGCUGCCUCCUCUCUCCAGUGUCUCCUGCUCUGGGCCUUGUGAUGGCAUUGUUGCAGCUAAAUAAGGUUCUGCUGUGGCGCUCUGCUCGCGGCCUGUCAGCCACACACACUGCACUCUAAUGUCUGCUCCACACGCUCUCUCUCUCACUCACACACACACACACACACACACACCACAUGGAUGAGUCUCUCUGCAAUGUUUUUGGUGUUUUGCAUCGACUGUGGUGCACCUGUGUGAGUGAGUGUUUGCGUGUAAAUGUGUGUGUACACACCUUAUAUAUCAUCAGACUGCUCUGUGUGCGAUCACAUCUCCAAUGAGGAAGAUUUGAAUGUUUUUUUUUUCUUCCCCCCCUGAGGAAUGUAGCCGUCAUGUGCUGUCAGUUUUCCUCUUUUAGUUCACCUCUAAGUGUGUACUGUAUCAACACUUGACCUGCACAAAGCAGAAUUUAGGUUAAUGAGAUCAACCGGACCCAAAGUAUUUCUGGUGCGUGGACAGUCAGCAUGUGACCCGGUGUAAUUUAUAUCAAUCAUGAAGGAGGAGCAGAGGAGGUCAGCAGACAGGUCAGCACUGCUAGUACAUCUGCAGACCAAACUUGCUUUUCUUCCCCAUUGCUUUGUAGAUACUAAAAAAAAAAAAACAGAGAAAAAAUUUGCCAAGACUUCAGUAAAUCAACAUAGCUUCAAAUAUUCAAAGUUACAGCCACAUUUUUGGGGGAAAUUAUAAUAGCAACCUUUUAUAAUGUACAGUUGUACCAAUAAAGAUUCCAAUGUUUGCUCUGGUAUUUGAUACAAUACAGAAUUUGGUCGUCAUUGUCCCCAACAAGGUCCAAAACUGAUCUAGUUUCCGGUAAAGUACAGGCUGACAAUAACAAAGAAAAAAAAAAACAUUAGCAUGUUUGUGAAGAUUAUUAUGACGGUGUAAACGGUCAGAUGUCAGUGAUUUUCCUCUUUUAUUCACUCUAGUUUUGGAAAGGUGUUGGAAAAAUCUCCAGUGUACACAUUUGAUUUAGUAUCAAGAAGAAGAAAAAGUUCGUCCUUAAUGUUGUUGUUGUUGUUGUUGUCUGUUAGAAAAAAAAAAUGAAUUUCUCAAAUUUGGACUAUUAUUUAUUCUGAAACACAAAAAAAUAAAAGCAAACAAAGAGGUCUUUAUUAGAUUAUGUCUUAAAAUUUUGAAGUAUGCCACAUUGCCAUACAAAUCUGUCUUCUGUAUCCAAAACCAAAUCUUCAUGAAGCUUAGAUGUUAAGUCAGUUGUCUUGUCAUUUUUAUAUUUACUCAACUGCGUGUAAAUCGUGUUUAUUUUUGUAAACAGAAGAGUCAGAAAUUGAGUGUGGGAGUUGAUGUUUAAACGAAAGCAUGAACCUCUGAACAACCCAGCUUGUCCUCAAUGCUUCUUUAAAUGCAGUUUGAAGUGAUCAUUUGGCUGCGUAUGUGUGUGUAUGCACGUAUUUGUGUGUCCAUGAUUGCCUUUGCAUGUACGACCCCUACGACGAUUGGAUAGCACUGCCGGAGAGAUGGAUGCAGGGAACAGCUUGGAUGACAAACUCAGCUCCCGGUUCAGUUUGACGGGACGUAUGUCUGUAGGAGGGACUGUCUGGCGCUCCAGAACGCCAUACUGCAGACAGUAUGUGCAUGUGUAGAUUGAGACAGAUGCUACUGACAGAGAUGAAUGUGCCAAUAGAGCUUGUCUGGACUGAGGAGAAAUAGCUGUGGUGGUGCAUGACAAUAUCAGCCCGUGCUGGCUGAUUGGAUGACCGUGUCAGUCUCCUAUUGGUCGAGUCUGUUGGAAUUUGUGCUGCGAUUGCAGGCAGUGGUCAUGUUAAUUAAUCAAAAAUGUCACACCGCAGAGAAGACUGAAUUUAUUUACACAUUUGAUCCACUAUUUUAUCUUUUUAUCUUACCAUUGGAGGCUAACUUUAUAAACAAGACUAAGUGUUGAAAGUAAAUUGUUUCUCAUUCUUGAGGUUGUAAAUUUCCUAAUGUCUCCUCCUCAUGCUCAUAUUUAAUUAUUACAUUAAUAAGUAUUUUUAUUCUGAGCAUAACAGAUUGUUAAAGUUAUUCCGUUUUGUGCUAUUAGCUCCCUUUAAAAAACAGUUUAAGACCAUAUUGAAGGGAAAUUUCUGAUCCAAUCUGCAAUGAAUCUUAUGAAGGCAUAGUUUAUAGGUGUGGGAGAAAAAAUCGAUUCACAUUAGUAUCGCGAUUUUUUGUUUUACAGUUUUUAAAUUGAUUCUUAUGUUAAAAAAAACAUUUUUUCUUUUCUUUUUAUUUCAAAUCUUAAUCAUAAAAACUGACAGACUUACAUGUGAUGUGUAUUUUGGGGGGAAAUAUGGUUCCUGGAGUAGUCAGUAGACAGUCAUAAUCAUUCAACUGUUUCACUUGUGUUAAAAAUGCUGACUAAAGAUCUAGAAAAUCAACAAUAUAGUGGAAUCGCAAUUUAAAUCGAAUCUGCAUUCAAAAAAUCGUAGAAGAGUCGAAUCAGGAGAAAAGCGUAUCGUCACAGCCCUAAUAGUUAAAUUUCACCUCUUCGUAAACAGGUGUAUUAUUUCUUUAUAUUUGCUCCACACACAAACCUCUGUCAACAGGUCCUCCAGUGAACACUUCCCCAUUCUAGUAGCCGGCUGUGGCUGCUGAUAGCAUCAAUCACCAGUACCUGUUUACUGUCUCCUGUUAACCGCUGUUCCCCUGACCGCCCAAACCCUCCUUUCUGCUCUGAUUUAAUUUAGUCCUCAUUCUACUUUUUAAAAUCGCAUUACAAAGGCGCACACGCAUGCACGCGGCCAUUCACCUCUGCCCGGCCAGUGUUCUGUGGCAGAAAAUCACAUCUGUUUCACAGCGGUGUUGUGGUGCUGAAGCAUGGAUCAUAUUUAGGAGCUGACCACAAAAACUUGGAUCUGCUGCUCAGGGAAAACUCAGUGAGCAGUUUCUUCUAGUCUUUGUGAUUUCAGUGAGUAAAAACAACGGAAGGAUUAACAUGUUUCGCCAAACAAACUUAAUUAGGUAUUUCUCCUUAUCUUCUGAAUAAACACAUGCUGGAUGUAUAGUAGCACACCUAUUAUAGCGUGGCUAAGCCAGCCUGUAAAUGCUACUGUUCCAGAAACGGAUCCCCACUCAUCACAUGUGGAUGUUUUUUUCCCUCCCUCACACAUUUUUUCUGAGAAUAACAGGCAUCCAGUAGCCAGCUAAGCUGCAGGCUGCAUCUUCUUUUCUGUGCUGCAUUCACUGCCUUUGCUUUAGAAAGCAUCUGCAGAUGAAAUUCCUGCCCUGUCUUUUAUUGUCUGCUAGAUGUGUGUAAAUCAGUUCUGGGCAGCUUUGUGUUGGGCUGCCCUGCAGUCAACAGAAUCAAUGUUUGUGAUGUUACAUACAUACAUACAUACCUUUAACAAAACCAGGUGAACACUUGUAUUUUGAAAUAUGUUUUUAAGAUGUUGCCCUUAUCGUGCACAGCAGUGUUUCCCCUACAUUCAGUUACGUGUGCAGCUACUGAAACAUGAUCAUUAAUGUCACUAAUGUGCCACUAAUGAUUUCUACUCACACUGUAUGAACACAACAACACACAACGUUAUUUUCAACUUGUUUUGAUUCACCAACAAGCGCAUCAAAUCCUGUUGGACCCUCUUCCAUCAACAUGAAAAGGAACGUACAAGCUUAUACACGGUCUAUAUAACGAGUAGCAUUAAUAUCAAUGCGCCACUAACGAUCUCAACUCGCACUGUGUGAGUACAACACACGCUGUUAUUUUCAACUUGUUUUGAGUCACCAAUGAUCGCAACUGAAAUCCUGUCAGACCCUCUUCCAUUAAAGUGAAGAGUAACAUUCAAGCUUAUACACGGUCUAUAUAGCGAGUAGGGCGUGUAACGUAACAUAACGAAACGUGAAAGUAACAGCGUAGCUCCUUGUGCGGCAAGAGAGCGGGCACAGUGUUAAAGUUGGUGCGUUGGUUCAGAGUUCAUUUGGUUUCUAGAGCAGGUGGGUUCAACAGAAAUGAUUUUAGGAGUUCAGCAUCUCCUCUUGUUUUUCUGCAACUUUUUUCCAGUGAUCAAUUAGACGUGCUCAUCUUUGUGGAGGAAUCUUAUCCUACAGCUACAACAACAGUAAUAUUUGUCUUUAACAGAACUUAAAUAAGAGCUGACACCAAAGCCACCCUGCCCGUGAAUGAUGGACACAAGAAAUUAGAGUAUGACAGUCACAGUAAGAUGUAAUUAUUGUUGUUAUUAUUAUCAAUAUUCCUUUUUUUGAUCAGUCUAACAAAGUGAAACUUCCCAUGAGGCACAGGUAGCGUUGUCAGUUUCUUUGUUUACUGUGUUCUGGUGAAAAGCUCCUUCUCUCUUUGUGUGCCACCCACCCACUCACCCAGGCUCCCUCACUGCUGGAGGGGGCCUCUGUCGACAACACCUGCGCCCCCAAGGAUAAGCAGGGCCUCCUCAGUCCCCUGACGCCCCAUUUCCCCUCCAUUCUAAUGUAUGUGCCGCGCUCCUUAUUCUUUUGUCCUACACUGCUAUGUACAUGUAUUAUUUAUGUGCAUAUAUGCAAGCACACACAUACGGCCACAUGCUAAAAAAACAGGUACUCUUUUGUGGUCUGUCCUCUUUCUCUGGCAGUCACCCUGCUGUGUAAAUCCCUCAGCCGGGGGUUUGUUUUUCAGUCAGACCCAUAAAGAGGAGGCCGUGUGCCUGAGGGUGGCUGAGGACACAGCUUCGGUCUACUUUUGUGCCUCUGGGGUUCACAUUUUGACCAACUCGCAGCUGGGAUGGAGAUUUUUUAGAAUAAAUCCGUGCUUUAUGCACUGUGGUGCCCUCUGUCACUGGAGACAUAAACCUACUGCAGUGGUUUUACAUUUGUUUUUCAAUGUCCUAUUCAAACUUGGCAAAUCAGGAUAGGAAAUUUAACACCUAAGGGGCUUAAGUGAUAUGAAGUAGAGAGGGAAGAAACGUACAUUUGUAUUACAAUACCUACUCCCAAAUAUUGAGGCGUUAAUUCUAUAUUGAUUAAGAUGGUUUUGAUUCUGUUAUAUUGAGUUGCUCAGUGCUGAGAAGAGACGAAUAUCUUUAUCUUCUUCCAUAAUUCCCUCUAGUUGGUGUUCAACUCGAUGCAUUUCCAUCACUGCACUUUUAAAUUUUGCCACAUUUUCCAGUAAGCUUUCCUACCUUUUUUUUUUCGUUCUUCUGUGAAAUCCAAGAUACAAUCAAAUAAAAGGUUUUGCAUGAUUAGAGGCUCUUUUUUUCUGGUCUCCUCUGGGCCUUACAGGGAAAAUAGCAGCUCCUCCUUCUUACUCAUAGUCUCACACUUUGCAGCGUUGCAGACAGAAACAUCCAGCGAGAGGCAGAGAAGUGAGAAACGGAGGUUGGCGCUAAUGUUGAGAGAAACUGACUAAAAAACUGUCAUAAUCUCCUUCAGCAUGCAAAAUGACUUAAAUGCAGUCUUUUCUAUGAAUCUGGAUUAUUUCAGAUUUUCUUUGAGUUAAACUUGAGUUUAUUUUUUAGUACAGGUGAGGUGUCACAGAUUGAUUCGCUCAUGUGAUCCUCAGCUCACUGAUUGGAAAAUUAAUCCUGAGAAAGCCGGAGAAUGUUCGAAGAUGUUAAGAGAAGAUCGUGUUCCUUAUUCAAAACAGUUGUGCAUCUUCAGUACUUGUGAUGAUGUUUUAAACACACUUAAAGGAUAUCAUAUUUUUGGUCAAAUAAAAAUAAGACAAUUUGAACUCAACCUCUCUCCUCCUUGAAGUCCUUCGUAGGUAACCAAUGUGUCCAGUGUUUAAUCUUGUUUUUGAGGAGACGCCCCACGAAUUCCUGUUCCAGGAGAGAAAAACAAGCUUGGGGGAGGGGUGUUUGUCAAAGAAAGCUGAUCAGAGGGAGUGAGUGAGGGAUAGGAGGACAAGAACAGAGAGCUCUUUACUCUGGACAGUUGAAUACACGCUGUUCAGUUUCGGUAUUUUGCUAAUUGUUUCCCUUGUAUGGGUCAUGUGGCUGCACCCAUAAACUCCGUCUUUCUGCUCUUGCACAUCGACACUUUCCUCUGGCUCUCCCUUUCAGCACCUCCCAUCCCCCUUCUCCUCGGCCCCCUCCCUCCAUCCAUCCAUCCACUCACUCAACUUGUGCAUCUGUAUCGAUAGAUUGAGAUGUGCUCUGUUGUCACGUGCUGCAGCGACAGCCGCUUCCUGUCUUACUGUGGGCAUGUUUGUACACAGUAUAUGACCGGGGUGGUGGAAGCAUCUGUUCACAGCCUGUCCAGCUCCCUAAAGGUGCCGCCACAUGUGUCGUUUGUUUCUGGUCAUUUGCCAGAUUGCUGAUGUUGGCUGUGGCAUGAACAGUCCAAGAAUCCAUAUAUACCAUUGACCUCUUAAUGUACACACACACGGGGACAAACAUGCACAUAACCCCCUCAUGAUACUCUGCUUGGCAGUUAAUAGUGUGUGUUUAUGGCAAAUCUCUUUAGUCUGGCCGUUAUGAGAACUAAGAUUUUAAUUAGGGGAGGUUUUAGAGCGAUGCGCGCUGCAUCAGCAUUACAACGGGGACGUGUUGGAGGGUUGGACUGGCAGGCAGAUAGGAGGCCGUCAUCCUCACUGGCAGACGGAUCAAUCCUGUCAAAAAAGGAGUAGAGAGGGGACGGUGAUCUGUAUGAUUUGGACUCUUCUUUUGUCCCGUCCACGCCAGGUGAUGGUUUAGCUGUUUUGCAGGAUUUGUAGUCGAGUCUCUCUCCCUAUUCAGAUGCAAUUAAGGAAAUACGAUAUUAUUGAGCACUUUCAUUGAACCUUAUCUCACAGGUGACUAGAAUCUUUCUGUGGUUGAUGUAAGGCAUUAAGAAUGAUUGAUUCAACAUGUCAGCCCAUUUGGAAUGGGUUUUUAAUUGACCUGAAAUGGUUUUCACUUUGAAAGGUCUAUGGUGAAGGUAUGUCCCGUAUUUUUUUAACAAUACAGUUGAAGGCCUGUUCUCCUUCGAACCAGCAGAGCCCACUUUUGGAUCCAGGCAGAGCAAAGGUAAAAAGGAAAUGUGUUCAGAUAGAUGGAUGAACUACAAAGAAGACCAAACAGAAGCAAAGCGAGUGCCCAAUUUUCCCUCCAGAAAUUCCUUUGACCCAAUUGAGCCUGAAUCUGAGUUUACACUGUUUUGCUUAUGACUAACACUCUCCAUAAUCAGUCCCUGCACACUGGCUCGGGAGACCCCUGGCAGGUCUUCUCGCCUGUUUUUCUUGGCCGCUCGCUUCGCUGAUGGAAAGACGGCGUUCGGUGAGGUCAAAGAGAGGCUUCACUAACUCGAAACAAGGACGAUUAUCACCAUUCAGUCAUGAUAACAGUAUUGAUUCGCAAUAUUAUUGAUUUUAUAACUUAAAUUUUCAUGAUCAGGGCUUGAAACCCUGACUGAUUUGUUGACAGUGAAAUGUAAUAAUUAUCCGUCCAUCUUUUAGUGACGGUUCUUGACGUAACAGAUGUCAGAACAUGUCGUCAAAGUUCAUCUCUGACACUUUUUGAAAUAUCCAGAGAAGUAAAUACGCUUUGUGCGGUGUAACUCAACUCAUAAUAACAUCACUUUUGUUGUUCUUUGGCUGUGGGGUCAGGGGUCAGUGGCAGGAAGGGAGGGUUGCUUGGUUUAGAACAAAAGAAAGAUAUUAGGACUUCACAUGUCCGCAGCAUGUGACCUGUCAACUGUAUUUUCGGAGUGCGUUUGUGACCCCUGUUGACAUGCCUGUUUCUCCUGCUAAUGAUGGAGAGUUUCCCUCUUUCCUCCCAGAAUGAGGAGCCUUCCUGAGGCCUUGAUGGAUAUGAAUGGAGGGAGGAGAUUGGCAGGAACGGGGUGAAGGCAUGGUAUUUGUGUGAUUCAAAGGGCAGUAAAGGGUCCUUUAAAUGACAUCUGGCCACAUCUUGAAAAGUGCUGUUUCUGUUAUUAAGAAAGCUUUCGAUUGGACAUCUCCCAUUGAGUACGACCUUUUGUUGCAUUCUUUUUCUCUGUGGAAAAGUUUUUACCAUCUGAUUUUUCUUAUAACAUUCGAACAUUAGUAGGAAAUUUGAAUGAUUAAGAGUAUUUUCCUUGCCCCUGCUGGCCGAGCAUGAAUGUGUGUGCGGGCUGAGUGUUUGUGUGUGACUGCCUGUGUACCGUAGCUCUGCUUAGUGCUAUGCUGUGAAUAUGAAAUAGGGCAGUGAGCAUCUGCACUGCAGCCAUCCCUCCCUGGCCCCCACACUGUGCCCACUGCUCAGUGAAGCUGGCCAGCUUGCACAAACACAGGAAAACGAAACUUCAAAAAGAGAAUUAGCCUUUACCGUGUGCAUCUUUGUUUGUUUUUAAGUGUCUUUAUUUGUAUUUCUUCGAUACAUCCUCUGUCUAUACCUGCUCAAGAAGGAUUUCGUCUGUCUCUGCAUGUAUAGUCUUCAGCCAUGUUUACAUGUGCAAAAUUUCUUGAUCCGAUUGAAAAUUUGAGGGAUCAAAUAAUCUGAAUCCAUCGUUUAUAUCGGCGCAAAGUCAAAUAAUCCGAUCAUGACAUGCGUAUACAUGCAGCAAGUUUUAUUCAGAUUAGAAGCAUUUGGACAUGCGCAGAGGUGUCUCAAAAAAACUGCAGAAGAAGAAGAGUUGUAUUAAAACCUUCUGUACCGGUCUCAAUAAAAAAACCAAAGGCUAAAGAGUAAAGAUCUAGUCAGGUAAGAGAGUCACGCUCGGAAUAAGUGUUCACAUGGACGCGUUUCGGAAUAACGAUCUCCAUAAACCGGAAUACAAUUUCUUUCCGAUUGAGCCGAAUUGGAUCGGAAUCUUCCGCUCAUGUAAACAUGUUUACAUGACGCUUUUUUAUUCUGGUUAUUUGUGCCCAUGUAAACAUGGCUAAUGAUCCAGAAGUACAUUCUUCUUGUGUAUUUAUCUUGUUUGACUAUUAAAUGUGGCCGUCUAGUUUAUAUCCAUCCAUCCAUUUUCUACCGCUUUUUCCCGUUGGGGUUCACAGAGGUGCUGGAGCCUAUCCCAGCAUCUUCCGGCGAAUGCAGGUGGCCAGUUCAUUGCAGGGCUGACAUAUAGAGACGAACAACCAUCCACACUCGCAUUCACACCUAAGGGCAAUUUGAAAGUGGCCAAUUAACCUAACCCCACUUCUGCAUGUUUUUGGGGAUUUGGGAGGAAACCAGUGUACCUGGAGUAAACCCAUGCAGACACAGGGAGAGCAUGCAAACUCCACACAGAAACGCCCUGACCCGGAUUUGAACCCAGGACCUUCUUGCUGUGAGGCGACAGUGCUAACCACUACACCACUGUGCUGCCCUCGUUUAGUUUAUAGAAAAUUGAAAAGAUUCCAAGUAAGAGAACAAUAUUAGGAUAGUUUUCUGAAAAAUCUAGCGGUUGUUUGUCCUGUGAUUAGUGAUGAUAUGUUCUUAACUCCCAGAAGAACAGUUUGUAAUGGCGCGGUUAGAAAAACAUCAUGUGAUCAUGUUUUUUUCAGUCUUCUAUAGAUCAGAAAGAGACAUCAGUAUGACUUUCAUUUUUUAUUACUAGUUAAAAACUCCUCACGGGACCUUUUAGGUGAGGAAUCAAAUGUCAAAUUAGUUGCAAAUGACUUUCUGUUGUUGGACCGAUCAGUUCAUGAAGUAUCAAUUACAUCUCUAAAUCCAGGGUAGCCUUAUCUUUUUUCCACCCUUAUCUUUUUACACACUAAUCACAAGCACAGGCAUUCACGCUGCUCCCACGUUAUAAAUGCCUCGCAUGACUCUGGUCUUUGUCCCAGUCGUCGGGGUCUACCUGAACUCAAAGCCCCCGAAAUACAAGGACGCAAGGAAGGACAAGAGAGAAAGAACCUGAAGAAAGAGAGGAAAGAAAGCAGAUCUAUGAGCCCUUUGAUCAACAUUUUUCUGAGCCAACUGAGGACAGAGAGAGAGAGAGAGAGAGUGUGUGUGCAUUUGAGUUCUCUCUCCGCCUUUCUCUCCCUCUCUCUUUCUGAGGUUUAUAUGAGGAGAUAAUGGGCCAUUGAGGCAGAAAGAGACGGCUUAAAAACACCUAAGUCAUGACGGGACCGCCACUCACUACCGCUGAUUAAAUUACCAAGAUGAAGGGGGGAUUUACCUACGCUCAAAUACAAUCCAUAAAACUGCACUUAAGAGUGCCCAGUUAAAGAUGUCAAAUCACUGUCUGCAGCUCUUUGUGACCACCGCAUUCUUGUGUGAGCUGUGGGUGUAUAGAGCUAUAAUGCCGCACUGGAAAUGGUUUAAUUUAUUCGCACUUUUAAUUGACUCUCUGGAAGCUGAAAUUGCAGGAUGAGUUUUGGAAGCUCAACCUUUUCAUUUUGUAUUUAUUCCCCUGCGACUGUAUCGACAAAAUAUGACACAUACAGGGUUUCUGUAGGUCCCUAUGUCGCUCCAGAGAUCAAGACUUCCUAUUAAUAAUAAUAAUAAUAAUAAUAAACUUUAUUUGUAUAGCACCUUUCAUGACAUGAGAUGCAGCUCAAAGUGCUUUACAGGUUAAAAAAAGGCACAAGUGCUUUACAGACAGGGUAGAUGAUUGGCAAUAAAAUAAUAAAAUUAACAAUAAAAACAAUAAAAUUAGUAAUUUAAAAAAAUAAAUAAAAAAUUUAAAAAAUAAAUAAAUAAAAAUAAGCAGACAAUAAUAAAAGCAAAUAGUAUGGACAUGAUCAAAUAAAAGCAAGGGUGAAGAAAUAGGUCUUAAGGUGUGUUUUAAAGUUAUGCAAAACACCAGAGUAAUCAUUUUUGACUGAUUAAGAGGUGUUUUACUUUGAAGAGACUUCCCUCUGCAUGGAUACUGUGUGUGUGUGAAUGCGUGUGUGCAUGUAUGAGUGAUUCUCAUUGGUAGUUCUGUGAGGGGGAAUCAUGAGGCUGAUGAUGCAAGCGUCUUACUCUUUAGAUGGAUGUCCACUCGCUGCCUCUCUCCAUCACCUUCCUGCUGUCACCAAACUGUUUAGUCAGCAUGCGUCUAUGCAUGUGUGUCUGUAUUUGUGUUUGUGUACAAGAGAAAGAGAGACGUCUGUGUCUGUUUUUGCACGCUUUUGGCUUUUAUCUGCGUGUGAAAGAAAGAGAGAGAGGGAGAGUUUAUUGACUGCAGCAGUGUUUGUCUAAAUCUGUAUGUGCGCCAGUGUAUGUGUGUUUGUGUGUGUUUCAUGUUUGUGUCUGGAUGUCAUGAAAAGUGCAGCCAACAGCAAAUGCUGCGGCUGGUGGCAAUGUGACAAAAUUAAAGAUGUGGCAGCGCAAAGGAGGGGAGAAGAGAGGGAUUUGUCGGCGGAGGGGCUGAGGAGGGAUGAGGGCACAGUGUGGCAGUGAGCAGAGGGAUGUAGCAGGAGAGGGUGGUAACGACAGAUUUGUUGGAAGAGAGAAGAAUCAGGGAGUGGCGAGAAGGAACAUCAGCGGGACAUAUUGAUUGUCGCUCCUUCCUCAGCGUCUGUAAUGAGAUCCAGUGGCUUGAGGAGCAGAUUUGUCACCUGGGGUUAGACACUACUGCUGGGCGGGACAGGGGGGGGAGAGGGUUGAGGAGGAGGAGACAACAGAGGGGAAUAAGUCAGCAAAAGGCAAGUGAAGUGCAAAGCUUAAAGGCACAGAGAGAUGGAGAGAGUGCGGCUUUACAAUCUUAAGACACAAAUAAUGACGAGAGGGGGAUCUAAGAAAAUGCCUGUUGGGAGCAUGCGGCUAAUUACUGCAGACAGUCUCUGUCUGGACUCAUCUCCAUGGUAACAAGAUGGGCCAGAAGGGCCGGCCGGCGCACAGAGAAGGAAAUCAAUGAACAGACAGACAAAAGAAGGAGGAAAACCUUGUUCAUUAGGCCAGAUUCACCCUUUUAUUUUCUUUUUCUGCAUGUCUGCGUAAAGUCAUGCAUGUUUAUAAGCCCCUGCUCUCUGGGUGACCCCACACUGAAUAUUCAUGACUAACGCAGCUGUCAACAGGGGGGCUAAGCUUACAUAUAAAUAAAGCGAGUUUUGGGCAGCAGGAGAGCUCAGAAGAGGCUGUUUGUGACAGGAAAGGUUUUAGUUUUAUGCAACUGUAUGGUUGGUGAGGAGAACAGCAGCAGCAGCUGAAGAAGAAAAACGGGAGGAGGGUUAUUGGUCGUAUGGGAUAUAAACAGCAUGUCUGUUCAUUUAACUAGGGCUAGGCGAUAAACCAAAAAUCUACAGAUACCGGAAUUUACGCCGAUAACCGACGUAAUUUUGCCCAUGUCAGUAUAUUUGGUGUCAAAAAAAAUAAAAAAUAAAAUAAAAAUUGGUUUUGGAUGUGUGUAGGUAGGCUUUGGUCUCAUGUCCUUUUUAAGACGCUGUUCUACGUUUGACACGUGACUCCACCCCAUCCAGUCUGCAACAAAGAGGGAAAGACAGGUGAGGAGAUGAGGGAGGGUUCAAAAGUUUGAACGGGGGCAGCUUGUGGAGUAGUUACCAUCCUUUUAUCGUUAUCGAGGUGAACUGCUCAAUUUAUCGUGAUAUUGAUUUGAAGCCAUAUCGCCCAGCCCUACAUUUAACCCUGGACAGAUAAAAAUAAGACAGGCCUAUGAACAGGUUUUGCUCAUAUCAGGUGCUCAGCUAGUCAUAAAGAUGAUAUGAAAUCGGUCUGUCAGACAGAGUGAAGAAGUCCUGCAGUGUCUUUUUUUUGUUUUUAAUUAUAAAUAAUAAAGAUUUCAUUUUUAACUUUGUACAGGCCUUUUUGACACAGGAAGAAUGAUAGAUUGCCCCUGUUUCAACAAGAGACACUAGUGAUGUAGAUAUGUGAAAAGGGUGUGAUUGAUUGCAUGUGUAAAAGAAACAAAUAGAUUAAAAAUAUAUGAUGAGUUAUAAUCAAAUCGGUGACAGGUGUAGCUUGUAAAGAAGAUUUAAAAAAAAAAAACUAAACAAACAUUUGAAUAAUCAACUUAGUACAGUAAGCCUGCAAGCAUGACAUUUUUUAUCUCAAUGACCUGCUCAUAAAGGGCAGGUCAUCUGGUGUGUGAUGUGUGUGUUUGUGUGUGUGUUCCACAGUUGUAAGUUUAAUGUAAACCAGAGCUAAAAAGCAGGAACACUAGAGAGAGACCGUCCGCUCUAUGAACUGUGUGUGAGUCGGACAAACCCUGUUCUAUUUCAGCCAAUUCAAGUCAUUAGUAACCCAAUUUAGUCUGGCUCCAUCAGCCACAAACACAGUUUGGAACAAUGGGAGAUCUGUGGUCAGUGUGCUCUGCCCUCUGCCCUCUGGAUGUCACUUUCAAAGUAUUUUAUCAACCACUUCAUAUCGAAGGAUCUUGUGAAAAUUGAUGUUUAGUAUCCCUCAUCUUGAGCCAGACUUAGUCAAACAUAACAUUUUGUUAACUUCCUAUUAAGUUAUGUGUUAACCUGUGUUGUUUUGCCUUUACCUGCACACACAAAUGCAAUCACUCUGGUCGAUAAAGCCAACAUGACCCAGCAGAGUGAAACAGCGCUGUAAACAUCUUGUCAUAGUAUACCGCACAAUCUCAUUACUGAGAGCCGAUGAGCCCAUUUGAUUCAGUUAAGAUGAGUCCCUGCGCAAAACUGGUUUACACCCGACUUUGUGAACGUGCAUAAAAGUCUUGUCCAAACAUUGACUGUUUUGGAUGCAGUUAACUGGGUGUGAGUCAUGCACACUCAGUAAAGAGGCAGCACACACAGUGUCAUAGCUGUCAUUGUCUCGGUGACAGCUGUACAGGAUUAUGUAAACAGAGAUGAUAGAAUGGGAGGAGAUGUGGGGAUACUCCUCUUUCAGUUUGUUAUUCCUGCUAUCUCUGUAUUCACUUCAUUCAUUAGAAGCGACAGAGUGACAACUUCUGAGGAAACGCCGUUUGGCAGCAGUUCACCGGAACUUACUAUGAUGGUGUCGCCUUUAUCGCAACCCACAACCUGUUUUUAAAACCACAGGCCUAACUGUAGCAUUACCAUUGCACUGGGGUGGUCUCCAGCAAUACUGGAUAUUGGAGGACAUAAAAAUAUCAUAGUUAAUGUCUAGUUUGUCAUGUGCACGUACAUGCACACACAGAGAUGCACUUUCAAACCCAUGGCAUAACAAUCAUAUCAGAUUUGGCCUUUUUGGAGCACACUGCACAUACCGGCAGGGCUCCUUUGUGUCUCCUGUGUUUGAACUCCAGUUUCUAUCUCAAAUCUCCCUUUUCUCAACCGUCCUGUACCACAGGACAUGGUUUUGUCCUUGUGCUGAUAUAACCUGAUAUUUCCAGGAAACAUGAAAUUAACUCAGUGGCAUGUGGUUCAGUAAACGGGGGAGGAAGUGGCAGUUUAAGAGAGGAAGUAAGGGUUUUACUAUUGACUUCUCUUUUGUUCCUUGAAUACGGGACAAAAAGAAAGUCUUUAUAUUAUAAAAGGUGGAUUUAAAGGAUCUUUAAUCUUUGACUUUCUUCACCUAUAGUGUAAUGUGAUUAAAAAUCAGACAGCGGAACAUCUGAUCACUUCUUGUAAGCCAACUACGGGUAAUAAAUCAGAGUUUGCAAAGAUCAUUGUCUCUCCUUAUGAAUCAAUAUACUUACUCAUCAUUUUGUAUUCUGCAAAACACGGACUUCAACAAGUCACACUGAAAAGACAGUCUGAGUUUGUUUGAUUUACAUUCAGGCUCUUGGUGAAGACGUAGAGAGGGUGGAGCUGAUCAUGAUGGGAUUUGACUAUUUUGCUGUAUACUUACAGUUCGAUUAAAUCCAAGUUAUGAAAACUACAUCCUGUGAGAAUCAGUUACAAACAUGUCAAGAAUAGUUUGAUUUUAAACUCUCACAUACUCCUCCUCUGCUGCCCUCCACAAAUCUUCACCUCACUCCGCUUUUCACUCCUGUCCCGCACCCCUCCUCUGCUCACCUUAAUCCCCCUUUCCCCUCCCUUUCCUGUUACUCUACUUUGGCCACCACACUAAACACAUAAGACUUUAGCCUUCGUGUAUUUGUAUUUGUGUGCGCGCCAUUUUGCAUUCACCAGUAUGUUGACGCGCCUGAUGACAGUAUCACUCUCUCCCUCCCAGCAAUCAGAGUGUUUUUGUUUACACUCCUUCCCCUCCCCCUGUCUCUCUCCUCUACUCUCUCCGGGCGAAUGUCUUACAUCAGAUCACUCGAAGCAUUUAUAGCAAAGCUUUUGAAGCUUAGGACUCCCACUGUGGCCAAAUAUAGUAAACGUGAAUCCAGCAGCUGUGUGCGUGUGCGUAUGUGUGUGUGUCUAAGAGGGUUGAAGGAUUGUGUGCGUGCAUGUGUCCUCCUGAGUAAAUGGCUCUGGGGUAAAAACGUGUUUGUUAUUGUUCCCAGCACUUCGCCUGUAGACAACACUAGCAAUUAAAGGGGAGGUUUUAUGUGUUAAGAGCAGGAAGUGUUGCUGUGUGUGGCUGCACGCUAUUGGCUGCUCAGAGUCUCCCAUGUUCCUUCCCUGGGGACGGAGCAGCCGGGGCUCUUUACAGCCGUGGCCAAAUGAAAGGUAAACACAACACACCUUUGAUCAGGCUUUGCAUUUAAAACCCUUACUGGAACUCUGAUGUGCGUCUGUAUCUGUGUGUGUGUGGGUAUGUGUGUGUGUGUGUAGGAAAGCUUCAAGCAAAUUAUUGAAUGACACUGUGAGGUUUACGUGUGUGUUUAGCUUAAUGAGAGAUAAGCUCCCUAGGAUACUUCCACCUGCUCCUCCUCCUUCUCUUGUUGUUGAAGCAUGAACGAAAUCAUCUCCCCAUCCAUGCCUCCUCCUUCCCUCCAUCCCCCCCACCACCACCACCACCAAACCUCCACCCAGGCAGCAUGAAAACAAAACAAGGCGUUGUAUGAAUGAAAGUGGGAGGGGCCAAGUGGCCUAGAAAGGCAGGCAGGCAGAUAGAGGGAGAGAUAGUGGUGCAGGGCAGGGUGAGGCUAUGGUGGAUAGGAGGGAUAGAGAGGAGGACAGUGGAGUAGGAGGAGGAGGAGAAGAGGGGAUGAAUGAAUGAGUGAGCUGACUGAAGCAUGUUGAGCAUAGCAGCUAGCCCAUAUAGCCUGGCGGCAUCAAGAGCGGAAUGAUCAAUCAGGUUGAAACAGGAGGAAAAAAAGCUGAACAAACACGGCAAUAAAAAUAUCUAAAGUAAAAAUGAAACAUGAGGUGAAGGCUGAUCUACCAUGCCAAAUUCUAUGCAGCUUUACAGGCUCCAGCUAUCUUUGUUGUGGCUUCUGAGCUCUAGUCUUAAGCUCUUCUUAUUCACCCAAAGUAGUAGUGGCAGGUACGUCUCCCCUGACGUGCUGGCUGCUUGGCUACGUCUGCCCCCUGUCUGCCCCAGCAAGGCCAGGGUUAACCCUGGGCGUCUCUCCUCCCCGACAUGGAAGAGGCCAUUGAAUGGCUGCCUCCCCCAGUCAGCAAACACAUUGGCUGAAGCCGAGGGUGGAUCUGGGGCUGGAGCCACACUCCGACAUGGAUCCCUAGCGCUGGAUCUGGAUCUGCAAAGCAGCCUCAGCCCUCCCCGCUCUGUUAUGUGAUGCCGUGGUCACAGCAUGUACGCACACAGCAGACAGACGAGAGGGGGAGGGCAGGAGAGGAGCUGUGCAUUUUUCUCUCUGGGUCAGAGACGACUCUGUGCAGUGGUGGGUUUCCAGCUCAUAGUAAAGAAAAUAUAUCAGAGCAGCCCCUGCAUGAACCAGCCCAGAAGGACGCAGAUUAUGUUUUCUCUGCGUUAGUCAUGCUCCCUCGCCGUGUUUUUGACCUCCUGUCCCUUUCGUCAUUGUUCUGUUCUUCAGCCUUGUUAUCCCACCCCUCUGACCCCCCUGUCACAACCCCAUCUGUCCUCUCUGCUUUUUACUCAGGCAUCACAAUGGGCAGCCCUCCUGUGUAGGGGAGGGGGGGUCCUAGCUGUAUCAUUGGAAGUGAGAGCUCAUGUGAUGUCCUCAUAGAGGGGGCAUCCACAGAAAGCUGACAUACAGUGCCCCCAUUACAGUUUGAAGCUAACAGUAUAGUUCACCACAAUUAACCCUUUUUCUUAUGUUUUUUUUUUUUAGUUGCUAGGAAACCAUGACAGUAAACAUCUGUGUUUAUAUGGAUAAAUCACACAGCGUGGAAAAUGAUUAAAAUACACUCUAAUGAAAAAUCCCCUUCUGCAUUGAUGCUGUGAUUUUCACCUGCUGUGGGCUAGAGAGGAUCAUAUUCUGUAAAUGUUUGUAGCUUACUGUUGACCUCGAUCUGUUUCUUGCCUUGAUGCUCUUUGGUUCAGUUUGCACAUGAUAUCGGAGCUGACAGAGCAGUGAGAAACACGGUGAGAGAGAGUGAUUAACACACACAGGUUGCAGAGAGGAAAAUCAGUGGGAUGUUAGAUGUGGCCUAGAUCGUUUGCAGGUUUCUCCAGUUGAUUCACAAAUGAAGGGAGGGACUGGAGGGUACAACAAAGGAACUCAGUGUGUGUUUAAUGUUCAUUGGUAGCUUCUGGGACUGAUUGAGAUCAGGAGGUUUCAGUGGCUGCCUAAACUUUAAAUGAGAUGAUGAUUUUACCUUUUAUUUAACUCACUGGGUAUGGAUGGCAGGCAAGAAAUGCACCUCCAUCUUCAGUCAGCUCUCACUACCCACUGGCCGCUGGUAAUUUCCAAUCUUGUUUUUGCACAGUUGGAACAUGCAGUUGGUAAAAGGGUCAGCUCCUGGUAUAAACUGCGACCUAAUGAGUCUCCACUGGCCCUCAGACAAGGCAAUAACAGCUAGUUUAUUAGAUCAUUACAGGGCAUGGGUCAAACCUGACUGCUAAUCCAAUCACAAUUGACACUCAGCUGCUUCAACAAUUGCUGUUCCCCAAUAAGGUCAAAUGAAUCCUGACAUGGGCCAGUGCCAUAUAAUGCCGGGCCUAUUAGCAAUUACGGUUGUUUCCAUGGUGCUGCAGACGGCUGCUGUUGGCCAUCAAGUGUAAAUUGUAGUCACUCACUCCCUUAUAGAUGCCCGGUGGGCAGUCAGGGGGCCUCUAAUUGCAAGUUUUUCUCGCAGCCGGAGGUGGUUUGAUUUUGCGCUUGAAUAUGAAUCAGUGCUCAUCUAAUUGUGUGGAUUAAGUUGAAAUAUUUGGACAACCUCUGGGGUCAGCAGCUAUAGUUUUCAUAUAACAAUCAGCAGAGGUGGGAAGGUCAAACAGUUGACGCCUGUAUUCAACAAUGCUUUACUAUGAGGUACCUUUAGCUGAUUGUCCACUCUUUACAUCAAUGUAGAGCCACGAGGGGUGGGAGAAAAAAUCGAUACAGAAUAGUAUCGCAAAAUUUUGUCUGGUGAUGUAUCGUAUCCUGUCAUUUACCAAGUAUCCAUUUUACAAAUCAAUUGCUAAUAUGAAGCCAAAUCUAUGAUGAUGGAAAAAUAAAAUCAACUGUUUGUCCAGUGAGGUUGGCAGAGGUGAUAUCAUAGAGCAGGAGGUUAGUUAGCACAACAAAUAUAUAUAUUUAUGUAAAGUUAGCAAGGUGUGCUAAAUGAAAAUAAAAUACAGCGUAAAUAAGACAAAUAUAAAGGAAAGAUAAAUGCUGAAUUAGCUAAACAGUUGAAAAAAUUGUAUGAAUUGCAAAAUAUUGUAUCGCAAUACUCACUGUAUUGCAAAAUGUUAAAAAUCGCAAUAAUAUCGUAUCGUGAUAAUAUCGUAUCGUGGGGCCACUAGUGAUUCCCACAUGGUGUGAAGUCUUUCAUAUGUUUUUGCCAUGUUGACCAGAACUAGUUACCAACAAUGUUUGAACAGUGUAUAUGUAGCAAACCUGAUGUUAACCAACUCUUUCCUCUCUUUUCUCUUCUCCCCAGUGUGCAUGGACAACUGUAAGCACGGUGCCUGUAGCCUCCAAGGUCAGUGCUGCCAUGACCAGUGCCUGGGUGGCUGUUCAGAGCCCGGUAACGCAAGUAGCUGUGUGGCCUGCAGGAACCUCCAGCAUGGAACCUCCUGUGUGGAGAAAUGUCCUCCUGGGUACUACAUCUUCAGGGGCUGGCGCUGUGUCAGCUUCUCUUUCUGCCAGGUUGUUCAUCUCCGGAUUUCUUAAAGUUAACUUCUGUGAUAUUUAGUUUGCUUUCAGACUCACUAAUACAAAUGUGAAUGUGUCUCAUUUGCAUUGGACACAGGAGCUCCACAACCAGUGCAAGCAGACUAGGAAGCUGAACCAGGAUCGAGAGACAGGCUGCUAUGAAUACGUCAUCCACAACGGGGCUUGUAUUCCAGAGUGUCCUUCUGGUUACACCACCAUCAACUCCACUACGUAUGUCAACAGUACACACACACACACACACACACACACACAUUGAAUGCCACCAUAAACACUGCUUUUUUAUUGAUGAGGGCCAGCAUUACAUGAUUGGAGACAUGAUUGUCACCCAUAACAAACAUUAACAUGUAACUCCACUGUGGACUGUGGUCACUCAACACACUCUAUAACAUUUGAACGCAAAUGAUGACGGUGUUUGAAGUAGAUCUAUCGAAACGGCAGAAGUCUUUUUCCCCUGUGGAAAAUUUUCCCUGUGAUCUGUGGAAAAGCAACCUGAAAAAAUUAUUCUGUUAUAGAGGAACAAAGAAAAGGCAAAACAUCACCUGAGUCUUUGUUUGCUGUUAGCUGUUGAAACAUGCAGGUUAAUGACUGAGUGGGUGAUAUUUGUCACUGCUAAAUGAGAUCAAUCCCAUUACAAUGUGGCAAUAUACAUAAAACAGUAAAGGUGGAUGUUCAUUAUCAUUAUUUAUUCAUGUUAAAAAAAAUUUAAAACAAGGGCUGAGCCAAUUAAUUGAAGAAAGAGAUCACUUUCUUCUGUUUAUGUAUUUAUUGAUUGAUUUUUUAAUUUCAAGGAUCAAAAAAGUGGAGAAUAUUUUGAAAUAGACAUAGUUGAGGCAUCAGGGAGCUCAUUGGCUGAAUUAUGUUCAUACUGUAAGAAUACAGGAGAAUUGUAAACAAGAAGUUAUUCAGUAGCAUCAAAUGCAAAGUUUUCAUUUAAGAGUAAAAGCGAAUAUUUUCAUAUGCACUUAAGUUUUUUAAUCUUAUUUACAGUGAGAAAAUCCCUAAAGUUUUCACCGUCUCCACCAUGUUUUGAUCAGUGAUCACACAGAUGUCUAAAUUCAAAGUCUCUGCAAACCAACAUUAAAAGAGUUGAACCGAGGUUUUGUUAACAAUUAAACCUUAAACAUUCAACUGUAUCAACUCCAUGUGAACUCAGUGUUAUAGCUGAGAAUCAGUCUGUACCAGCAUGAAGUAAUGUCUGUAACAGCGCCAAAGGUUUGACUCUUUUUGAAAACAGUGUUCAGCGGUGCAGUCGGGUUAAAUAAUGGGCCUUUGUCUUUAUUCGCCAAACAGACAAUUAUUUUCCAAUUGAAGGAUUUUUUCAGCUGGAUAAACUUAUCAGUCCAUCUGAGACCGGUGAGCUAUGUCUGAUGGACGAUAGGGACCAUUGAACUAUGGCUGGGUGAGGUACUUUACCCAAUGACAUCAUUUCAUGUCGAAUGAAGCAAAGAUGUUUUACAAAGAGCGCUCAGGCCACGCUCAGAAGAAAUUUCAAGUCUCAAAUUUCUGCCAGAAAAAAUAAUGCACACAAAUAGAAACUGUAAAUCGCAGCAUAUGAACUUGUCAAACAGUGUAGACCUCGCCUGGUCCUGUUCGGCACACAGCGUGGUCUGCUUGUGCAACAUGUAAGGACACGGCCUCAUUCAGCAUUUGUGGUUUAAAUGGCAGAAGACGAGCAAAUUUGAUUUCCUCUUUUGGUGUCAGGAAAUGUUUCUUAAUGCUGAUGUUCAGCAACAAAUGCAUGUUUGCAUUAGGGCUGGGCGAUAAACCGAAAAUUUACCUAUACGGAAAUUUACAACAAUAACCAACGUUGUUUUGCCCUUGUCAGUAUAUUUGGUGUCAAAAUAAAUAAGCAGAUAAAAGUUGGUUUUGGUUGUGUGUAGGAAGGCUAUGGUCUCAUGUCCCUUUAAGACGCUGUCCUAGGUAGGAGACGUGACUCCACCCCAUCCAGUCCGUAAAGACAGGUGAGGUGAUGGAGGAUGGUUCAAAAGUUGGAGCGGCUGGAGCAGCAGCUGAAGUAGACGAAGUUAAUGUGGGAGGGGGGUGAGCAGCUUAUGGAGUAGUUAUCGUCCAUUUAUCGUUAUCAAGGUGAACGGCUCAAUAUAUCGCGAUAUUGAUUUGAGGCCAUAUCGCCCAGCCCUCGUUUGCAGUCUUUUGAGACCUAGUAUGUGUUCGAGGCCAAGUAUAUGUUUUGAAAUGGCUCCUGUUUGUAUGCUUUACAAACACACCAAUGAGAGUGGUCAAACGUGUGCAGAGAAAAUGUGAAAGCUGCCUGUGAAUUUCAAAACAUUAUCAUAAGCCAAGUUACAUACUUUGAAGUUUUGUAUAGAAGAAGUGUCAGAGGUCCAAACUAAGUACAGGAACAUUUUAGAGGGUGAAUAGGCAGAAGAAGGUAUUAUAGAGGCUUGAAGGAGGAAUGAGAGGCAGAGUGAGAGAGAAUGAGGACACAGAAUGGGCUGAGAGGGGUGUGUUUCUCUGGGUUUUUUCCAAUAGGAGCAGCAGGCUGUGUGCUGGAGGUGUCUGUGCCACUUGAAGCUGCAGGUGGUUGUGUGAUUGAUGGUGUUUAUGUGUUCCUGGUCGGUAUACCUGUGUUCAUGCAUAGCUGUUUUCCUUUUUUUGUUUGCAUGUGUACCUGUGAGUGUAUAUGUGCAUUUUGGGCACCAGUGUGCAGGACAUGUUUCUGACUCCAUUAAUCGGUUCGGUUCUGUCCAGUUGCUUUUCUUCCAGGUGCAGGUUUGGAGAUGUGGAGGAGAGGGUGUUUAUGCAUUUAGAGGUUUAUUUGUCAGGGAAAUAACUUUGACUCUCUGAUGCACAGAAAGUACACCCAGUGAAAUAGCAGGGACAUUUCAACUCAACAAGGCUUGCCCCAAAUGUACAUGAGCAUGCGUGUGUGUGUGUGUGUGUGUGUGUGUGUGUGUGUGUGUGUGUGUGUGUGUGUUUGAGAGGGAGAUUGACUUUCUCUUGCUUGCUCCCAGCCUGCAGGGAUUAUCAGGUGCUUAGACUGAAAAGAACAUUGCUUUAAAUCUCAGUCAUACACCCUGAGGCAUAAGGCAGAAUGGCAUCCUUUGUAUUGUGUGCGCUUACUUAUACAUGUAUGCGUCCACACAUUAUAUGAUAAAUAAGGACUUCUUUUUUUAUCAGGAUCUGAAGCAGCGGUUGCACCAUCAAGGGCUUUGUGUGUCUGUUUUCGCUGCCAUGGUGAGGUUAUUGCAAGAACAGGCAUCUUUACGGAGGAUUAUUCUGUGGAAGGCAGACAGUCAGGCAGACGACACACACUGUACGUGGUACAUAGGCACACAUACACACACACGAAAAGAGAAAACAAAGCAUCGACAAGGAGUAUUGACGAAGAGACAGGAUGUUUUCGAGCAGGGGAGAAGAAGAUCCAAAGGUUUGCGUCAUGGCUUGUCUGUGAUGCCAAUUAACUGUCCAUUGUGUGGACCCUACCUUCAUUUAGUGUCCAAAGAAACUGAUACCUUAGUCUGGAUUAGGAUGAGUGUCACAAUAGGUUUGGGAAGAGGCAACAAAACCCCUUUUCUUUCUGUUCCUGUCUCUUCACACAGGUAACUUUGCUCUCUUGAUAUUUUUCCAUCACCUGCAUCCACUAAAAAUAUUUAGCUCAUCUUUCCUGGAUGCUGUGACAACCCAGUAGUACAGCACUGCACUGUAGAGAGUGUGUGUGUGUGUGAGUGAGUGCACUUGGUCUGGUUUCACCAGGACAGGGUCCAAAACCAAACCCAAGCGUCAGCUGCGGCCUCUGUUCUAGAUGGUUCUAGCAGACCGUGGAGCCGGAGUCACAGAGUUCAGCCGGACAGAUAAACACUGUCCCUUUAAGAGCUGCCGCUGGACCCAGCCAGUCUGCCUGUGUGUCUGUGUUUUUCAGUACAACAGCCCAAAACAUUCUCCCUUUUCUACACUGCAACUAGAGCAUUACUUUUGAGAGGCUGAAUGUACGAUUUUCCAUGUGGGAGACAGAGAGCGAAGGAGGGGAGAGACGUAAAUGAGAGAAAUCAUUACAGUGUGUUUCCACAUACUCAGGAGUCAUAGAGGGGCAACAAUGAAUUGGCCUCUGAUUGGAGUAAAUUAUUAAGUGCUUGAUAAGAUGGAAAAAAGGAGAAGCCAGGUGUGUAAUGGGUCGUUUGGCUCUCUCAGCGGGGAUAGGAAAAGCCAGACAAAGACCAAAACAGCACACCUGGGACUGAGUGUUUCAUGUCACUAUAUUGAAUGGUGUGUCACACAGCCCCGCUGCUUGAGGGGGAAAGAGGGGGCAUGAUUUGAGUAGGGCUGUGUGUUCUUGUGUGUGUGUGUGCUUCCUGUAGAGGGGGAUUGUAAUAAGAGCUGCAUAAACAUAGAAUUAAAUCAGGGUGAGCUUACAAAUAGCAGUUCAUGCAGAGCUUGCAUGGUCGCUGCCAUGAACAACAGCAUCCUUUGUUAACCGGGGCUGCUUUAAAAAAAAAAAGGUGCAGUUUGAUGUCAUUGUCUCUAUUUUGAGUUUUGAAACCUUGAUUGGACUGCCUGCCACAAAAUCCCCUCUAGUGAUCCCCUGACACCCCCCCUAACCUCCAUGGAGUAUUUUUCAAGAAAGCAGAAAAGUCACCUCCAUUUCUUGUCUAUACCUGACAAAAGAGUGGUGGGUGGAGAAAGCCUCUUUCCAGGAGUGUUCAGAUUUUUUGGUGAGAUGUAGCAGGUCGACAAUAAAACGCAGCCUUGAAGUUUAUGUGUAAGGCACACCUUUGCAGUUGGGGAUAUCAAGGCUGGAGGUGGUAUUAAAGAGAGGGAUUAUGUUUCUUUUGAGAAAGCUUCCAAAAAAAAAAAAAAAAAAGUGCUCAUUUGUGAAUGAAGCUUCGGGUCGCUGUUUUUUCUCUGUGUGGCGGGCACACGGCUGCUUGCUAGACAAGGCCAGCCUUUUGUGAAUGAAUUUCCUGAAAGGCAGCACUAUGAAGGCUUCAUUGCUCGGUGUAUGAGUUAGUGAGUGUGUGUGUGAGUGUGUGUGUGAUUACGUGCCCAAGCACUUGUUUGCAGGGAGAGGACGCCACUCUUGGAGCUGAGAGGGAGAAACAGAGGAAUGCCUGUUGGGAACUGCAGCUGGUGUUUCAGUCGAGUUGGUUUUUGUUGUCUGUGAUUGUGCCCUGUGUGCGCAUUCGUUCGUGCGUACGUACGGCAAAAGUAAGUGAAGCAAAGGACAAGAAAGCUCUCUCCUCUCGAACCCCUAGUGCUAAUGAAAAACAGAAGAGGGCUCAGAUGUGGAUGAGAGAUUGCCUAAUCUAAUUCCCCUCCUAAAAGCCUAUGGAUUCAUUACGGGGAAAUAUCAAAUUAAUUGAGGGAAUUAUACAGAUUCACCUCUGAAUACAUCAGCUCACCCAUUUAAUUGAGUCUGUUUGAUUGUUUCUCAUUUGUGGUGAUUAUUUUUAGGAGGCACGCACUCAACAGCGUUGUUAUUUAAUCCUUUUUGCUACUGCAACGUUAGCUGUUUGAGCAAAAGUAAUGGACCUACUUCACUGCAUAGAAAACAAUCUUUAAUAGACAGGGAUAUGCUUGUAUUUACCACAGUUGCUGAACACAGAAGUCAGGCGAUAAAAUCAGAAAACAGAAGCCAAGCGGUAAAAGAAAUGACCAGAUUAAAAAAGAAAAUGAUCUCUUUCAGCCUUGUUGUUUGAAUGUGCUCUGUCAUGUCCACGCCACACCACCACGUCACUGAACAUUCCUGCCUCAUUCCAAUCAGUCCUGCUUCAUUCCACUUCUGAUAUCUACAGACUGAAACAUUUGUGCUAUUUUCUGUAAGCCUGUUGGAAAAAAACAGCGUGUUGUUUGCCUUUCCACCCAAGGCCUGCUUCUGCGGUAUCAGCGUGACGUCUCUCGGCGUCCCAACACUUUGCCUGGCCCGUCAGAAAUGCAGUGACAUCAGCUGAUAGCUUUUGUGAAUAUCGCAGCCUCAGUUGUUUGGUAGCUUUGGAAUGUGAAUGCGUACUGAUAUGCAUUCAAAAGGUUCCCAGCUCGUGGUUUAAACACGCAGUUGCUCAUAAAACAACACCAUAUUCAUAAAGAUGUCUGCAGUUCUAGUCUGAGCGCAAGUGUCUUUCUCUGCAGGUUGGCCUGCUCGCCGUGCGCAGGCCUGUGUCCUAAACUGUGCGUGGGAAAUAAGACGAUCGACUCUGUUACCUCAGCCCAGGCUUUGAGAGGCUGCACUGUUCUCCACGGCAACAUGAUCAUCAAGAUUCGAGGCGGGAGUGAGUACAAGUGCACGGCAUCGCCUGCUGGGCCUCCUGGCUCUGCUGCUCUUACUAUGUCUGUCUCCCUCUACCUGCCUUUACUUAGAUUUCUUGGCCUUCUCUUUUGUCGUUUGCACUUUUAAUUGCGUUGUCCAGAAGUACAUUAAAAGUGUGUGUGUCUGUCAUAACCACCACCUGUCUGACCAACUAUAUGACCAAACGUCUAACUCCUCGCAGAUAACAUUGCAGCUGAGUUGGAGGCAAGUUUGGGCCAGCUUGAAGAGAUCACAGGCUUCCUCACUGUUCGAAGAGCCUACGCCCUAGUCUCCCUUUCCUUCCUCCGCAAGCUACGCAUCAUUCGAGGGGAUCAGCUGGAAGCAGAGUAAAUCAUCUUCUCUUACCUUUUCUCCAUCCCACUCCAGGUGUUAAAACUGAUAUAAACAGUAUAAAAGUGUGUUUGGUGUCUUAAUUUCUCCUGUCUUUCCUCUAUCUCCCUCAGUGUCUACGCCUUCUAUGCGCUAGACAACCAGAACCUGCGUGAACUGUGGGAUUGGUCCAAACACAACCUGACAAUCCAAAACGGUCGCACAUUCUUCCACUACAACUCCAAGCUUUGCAUGUCUGAAAUCAGGAAGAUGGAGGGAGUGACAGGAACCAAGGACCGCAACCAAAAAAAUGAUAUCGCUGUACGCAACAACGGGGACCAAGCCUCCUGUAAGACAACUUUCGUUUAAGACUCAGUAUUUCAGAAUAUCUCAACAAGAUUUCGCUGCCGCUAUAGUACAUUUUUGCAUUGCUGAUUGUGUCUUUCAAGGUUGAGUGUACUUGUUUCUCAUUCACCAGUCCCUUGAACGUAUGAUUGUGACUGGAACAUGAUGAACAAUGUUUCACGUAUUAAACUGCAGAGCAGCUUUGACAGGUAUUAGCUGCACGGUGUUGAAGGAUUUAAUGCUGUACCUAUAGACAGUCCUUGUUCUUAAGCUUUCUUUCAGGAAGAUAUACAUACAAAAUAGGCUCAUAAACUGAGUUAAUAUUCAGAACAUACAAUAUUCCAGGUGUUUGACAUCUCACUGACUUUUUCAAAUGAGGCUCCUCUUGAAGGCAAAGAGCUGAAUCUGCAAAAAUAAUAUCAUAUUGAACCUACUCUGCAAGAAAAAGUAGAAAUGAUUGAAAAAACUCAACAAAAAUGAAUGAAAUGUAGAAGUUUGUUUUGUACUGAUGCAUCAUUUUGGGAAUUAUAAAUAUCAUUGCAUACUUUUUUGUCUGGACUCCUGUCAUGCUAACUCUGGUCUGUUUCAUCCCUCAGGUGAGACCAAGCUGCUGAGCUUUACUCUCAUAAAGACCACAUCCACUAUGAUCAUGUUGAGGUGGGAGUCCUUUUGGCCGUUAGACUUCAGAGACUUGUUGGGAUUUAUGGUUCUCUACAAAGAAGCGUAAGUAUCUCACAAAAAUCCCAGGCUGUUUUCACACCAUGUCACAAAAUAUUAAAUGCAACGUCAAUAAAAGUUGACUGAGAUGUAGAGGUCUGUUCUUUACUCCUUUAAUGAAUGUUUUCUCAGGUGUUCCUCAAGGUGGCUAACUUGGACCUUUUUAUUUUAGUUUUGACAUGCUGUGCCGUUAUUCUGUGGAUUAUACAAAACUGUCUUACCACCAUCAAAGUUACAGCAAGCCCUUGUUUGACUGUAAACAAGCUUUUGUGCAGGUUUCAGUUUCCUGAUAUCAAAAUAUUUUAAGCUGGAUAAACCUGGAAUUACAGUCUAGAGGACACGAGUUGACAGAGUUGACAUAUUUAUAUGUUCUGGACUCUACGUAAAAGUCAUAUCAGUAACUUAACCUUGAAUAUAUCAGUUUCUCUCAUGAGGCCAGCUAGGAGCUACGUCCGACAUUUUUUCCACCUUAAUGUGAUUCCUGCAGAGCUCUCCCAGCUACAUAAGCAAAACAAACAAAAGGAAAGCUCUGGGUUUUACAUUAAAAAGAUUUCCAAAAAAAACAUUACUUAAAUCACUUUAUAGACUCCCAGUGUAACACACGAUGACCACUCUGAGCCUUGACUCGUAUGUUGUGGAGGGGUUGUAUAUUCUUGUAAUUUCUUUAGUAUAAUCUCAUAUCUCUUGUUGCUUCUUGCACUUUAGUAUACAGCAUUUUGACAUGACCCCAACUUACAUUCUGUAGAUGUUUGAUUGAUUUGUUUGAAUCUCUUUCUUUCCGUCUGCUGCAGUCCGUACAGAAAUGUGACGGAGUUCGAUGGGCAGGACGCGUGUGGCUCUAACAGCUGGGCGAUCGCUGAUGUCGAUCCUCCAUCCCGUCCCACCGACAAGAAGUCAGAGGAUCCGGGGCAUCUGAUUCGACCUCUAAAACCCUGGACCCAGUAUGCCAUCAUGGUGAAAACCCAACUGUCAGCCUCUGACGAGCACCAGGUUCAUGGAGCGAAGAGUGAGAUCAUCUAUGUCCGCACCAAUGCCUCCAGUGAGUAAUAUCACAAGGAAAACAUGCAGAUAGUUGGAGAAUAUGAGUAAUUGUUUUUGGCUUCUUGAUUUGGUGGUUUCUGACUUUUGGUAAUACCUCACUUUACACAUAUGACUCUUUUUUAGUUCAGCUUUAUCAUCAUACAACUUAGUUCAUUGUUUUUCUUUUGUUCACUAAAGCCCUCUGAAUAUGCACAGUACCUCCUUUGCUAAACCGGCUCUUUUUUAUAUUAAUUAGCGAAAUCCUUUUAAACAUAUGACUUAAUUUAUUCUGAAUGCUAGCUGAGAUUUCCCAAAAAACUAAUUUUGUCUUUCUUUUCCCCUCCAUCCCUCAGAGCCCUCUGUGCCCCUGGACCCCAUCUCCUCGUCAAACUCCUCCUCUCAGAUCAUCCUGAAGUGGAAGCCUCCCACCAGCCCCAAUGGCAACAUCACCCACUACCGGGUCAUCUGCCGUAAACAGGCUGAGGACAGCGACCUGUACAAGUUUGACUACUGCUUACAAGGUAAGUGUCCACGGGGUGUCUUACUUAAGUCGGCCAAACAAAUCAACUGCUGCUCACCACUCAUUCGUUCAUCUGGAUUCCUCACACUCAGGAAUGAAGCUGCCGUCUCGCACUCCGACCCACCUGGACAGCGAGGACGAGCAGAAGUGGAACCACACAGAGGAGCCCACCUCAGGGGGCAAGUGCUGCGCCUGCCCAAAGACAGACAACCAGCUGAAGAAAGAGCAGGAGGAGAUAGAGUACCGCAAGACCUUUGAGAACUACCUCCAUAAUGAAGUCUUCGAGAGCAGGUACAGAGUUUAAGAGUAACUGCUGUGUUGCAUAAUUUUUUGCAGUCGCUCUUUGAUGAAUGUAGAUCACACACAUGAUGAAAAGUUAGUGUUUUAGUCAGACACUCAACACCACGGCAACCAAAAUAUCAUCUUUAGAGGAUAAACAGUGAUCAGUCAAAUAAAUGGAGAGGAGCUUCUUGCUGUUUGUGGUCAUGCAGCAGCAACACUGGAGCCCCUCCAACCAACCAGACGAGAUCUUUCGUUCCAGCCAGUAAGUUGUGUGACUUAACUCAGUUCUGUGCCAACUCUUCCCUAUGUGGGGGGGUUUAUGUAACCCCUUGUUUUUGCACAGGGCACAACUGUGGGGGGGCUUAGGAUGGGACAUGCUGAUUGUCUGGACCCUGGUGCCCCUACCCUCUCCACACACACACACACACACACACACACACACACUGACACACAAACACCCGCAGUCUCUCCCUCCGCUUCCCUAGGGGAGUGAUUACUGUGCCCAUUAUCAUUCAUGCCAGUCAGGGGUGCAGUCAUGCAGACUGCCAUUUGGACACACACAAACACUCAAACUCUCUCAAACCUCGGCUGCAUUUUGAACCCAUCAGCCAAGGUCAGGUCCACAUACCGAGGUGCAGGAAGAACUCCUCAUGCUCUCUUUUUCCAUCACGCAAAGGGAUGUAGGAAGCUUUGUCAUUUUUUUCCUACCUGAGCUCAGGCUGCCUCCACAUGAACUUGGCGCUCCACUUUUUGAUAGUGAAGGGAAGGCCUCAAUGCAGCAGCAGCAGCUCAGGGUGAAGGCCACUGCUGCUCAAGGACACUUAAUGUGAUCAUUUUGGAAGGAAGGAGGUUUUCUUAUUUAUAGGCCUUGAUUCUCUCUGUCCUCAGACAGAGGUGCACUGCAGAUCUUCUUUGUCUUGAUUCGUUUAAGUUCACCGCCUGCCGGCCUUUGUUGUGAGCUUACACUCCGAAUCAUUGAUAUAGAAGAGGACUUGCUUGUUGACACCACCCAGUGGUGAGGGCUGGCACAGUUUCUUCUUCAGUUAGUGAGGGUAGAGAAAUGUUGUGCAGUUAGACUUCCCACACUUUGUAAAUGUUGUCAUCUGCUGUCUGUGGGGUUGUGAUCAAUAAAGAAACCCCCGACUCUUCCUUAAAUGCUUUGCCUGUGACUCUCUUCCUGCAGACCAUCCCGCCGGAGACGCUCAGUGGGAGUUGCAAACGCCACCCAAAACUCUCUCUUCCUCACAACAGUCCCCAGUCUGUCAUUCGGCUCCACCACAGCAAGUCCUGAAGAUAAAGAUGAAGAUGAAGAGGGGUCAAAGGUCGCCUACACUUUUUGCACAUCAUCUUUGCAAAAAUACACUGUUGUGAUCAUACAUAGAUGCUGCUUACUGCUGUUCACCACCAAAUAUAUCCCGCCAUAAGAGAACAUGAAGGGAAUAUUGGCACUCUGUAAAAUCAAUGAAGUUUUUAAAAGCUAAAGUAAAACUUGGUCGCAGAUAAAAAGUCGACUCAAACACUUUUUGACUUCUCAAAUUAGGCUUUUUGGGAUAUUUAAUCAUAAUCAAAUAUAAGGCUUCUUAUUUAACCAUAGUAAGAGUCCAGAUGUUUUAUUGUUCGUGUAUUUAAGAAGAAAGACCCCAGAACUCUGUGAUUUAAUUAUUGAAAACACUUCAUGAAACACUUAAAUCACUGAACUAAAGUUUGAAAUUGAUUGUCCUCUGUAGAUGAUUUGAUCUAGGUUUGGCUGAAUGUUGCUGUUCGAGUAUUAAGACUCUGUGUCUUUUCUAUUCAGGUGGAGCUAAAAGUGUUCUCAAAGGAGUCCACAGUCAUCUCCAACCUGCACCACUUUACCAGUUACAAGAUAGAGAUAAUGGCGUGCAACCACCCAACAGACCUCAAACGCUGUAGCAUGGCUACUUAUGUCAGCGCUCGAACUAUGCCGGAGGGUAAGAAGAAGUUCAGAUUCACACAUAUACGCACACAUGUACACACAACUCUCAGUUCAGAGGUAGCUAAAAUAUUGCCAUCUAAUCCACUGUUAUGCAUCACACUCUAUCGCCAUGAUGGUAGCAUGAUGUACAGCAUGUGUUGAGUGCUUUUCUUCAUGCCUCGUACCCACAGAGAAAGCAGAUGAUAUCCCAGGCCCUGUGACCCAUGAGAUAGUGACGGCCGAGCCCCCCUAUGUGUUGAUUAAAUGGAAUGCGCCCCGCUCUCCUAAUGGCCUCAUCGUCCUGUAUGAGGUGUUCUACAGGAAGGUUGGAGACUCAGAGGUCAGUAUCAAGCAUUACUGGGUGUUUGAAAACAAAGCAGAAGUCAGGGGGAAAUGGGAGUGAUGAUGAUUUUUUUUUUUUCACAAAGUAAAAAAGACACAAAAAGGUGAAGGGGUGAAAUAUCCAGCAGAAAUUAACUUGCUUUAGUAAGAAACACAACUUAAAGGGCAGACAGGUGCAGAAGAAGACAUGCAGAAAGAACAUAAAGUGAUCUGGCUUUACUCUGGGGAAUGGAGUCUGGCAGGAAAGAGAGCUAAAGGUUCGCUGCACACACUCGCAUCUUAUCUUUUCUGUAUGAAGAGAGAAGAACAGAGGAAAUAUUUGUUGACAAUCUCCCAGUGCUCCCACUGUGUGUGUUGACAUUUCUGCUGUGUGUGUUUGCAUAUUUCUAUAUCUUUGCGCCUGUGUGUGUGUGUGUGUGUGCGUCAGGACUUGUCUGGGCUCAAUGCUGUGGGUAGGUUUGUGUGUGCGCUGUUGUUGUUGUUGUUGUUUACUUGCUGUAAAUGUGAAUUCAUCCCUCAUUGCUAUUCAUUGCUGCACUGCCUGACCCGAGGAGCCAGAAGCAGCUCUGUUACCAUAGUGACAGAGGUAGGAAGGAAGACUAGAUUGCAGUGGCAGGGAUGGACGGGCAUCUCAGACGACAUCUCAAGUGAACUGCAUUGAAAAGAUAGCGUUUAGUCACUGACACACAGCCUGAAGCUCAAACAAACUGUACUGGCUUUAUUUCAGAUGAUGUUUACAGUGCUUUUAACGGUGCAAGAUCCCUUUUACAUCUGGUGGAGAAGAACUUUUAAUACUUUUCUUUGUCCUCUAAAAAGUCAGCUGCGUCUGAUUUCGCCCAGCCUAGCAGCACCACCUUUUCACUCUUUUCUUGAACAUGCAUUUCAAGAUAACAGUGCUAGAAACAUCGUGGGGUGCUGGUUUUAUUAAAAGAUGCGUAGUACUCAAGUGAAGUGAUUUGUCGGGACUAUGCUUGGCAAUGUUGGCAUCUAAAUAAAACCAGAUAUUCUUUUAAAAUCAGUGUUUGGCAGAUGAAAUAUCUUCUUUCAGUCUUUGUACCUAAAGUGUCACAGUUCAUGGGUGGAUCAUGAUUGAUUGAAAUCUGCCUUGAGUAUAACAGUUCCUCUUUUAUCAAAACGUCUUCAUUUCGUUCUGAUUGUCAUGCAGAGAUUGUGUGUUUUUUUUUUCCCUCCAUAGACUCACACAGCUUGUGUGUCCCGACCAGCCUACCUCAAGAUAGGUGGCACCAAACUCUCACUCAUUCAGCCUGGGAACUAUAGCGUUAGCGUCCGAGCCACCUCCCUGGCUGGAAACGGCUCCUUUACAGAAACCACCUACUUCUUCAUGCCCAACCGUAAGCCUAGAUUCUAUAUGUGUAUAAAUAAAUGUAAACGUUUGUAUUUUUAUUAAAAUAAACUUUAAACAUUAAAUACUAAGAACACUCAAAAGUUAAGGAUGUUUUUUGGAAUCCCUUUCAGAUUUAUUAUCACGUAUUCAGAAGACCUACUUGAGUUGCUCUACUUUUGUUUAACCAAGUUUUUGUGGAGAUCAUCAUUUAUACCUGACGAAUGACUUUUGUGUUUUUUACAGCUGAUCCAGGUUUAAUCUGGAUUGUGAUUGGUCCAGUUAUCUGCUUCAUUCUGCUACUGAUUGUGGGAGGUGGAGUCUUUGUGAUCUUAAAGAAGAAGUAAGAUAUUUAUAACGUUUCCAUCAAGCAGAUAAUCACAGUAUCCAGUAUGACAUCAAUAAUGUAAUGGUGCAAUUAUGUUAACAGGGCUAAUAAGCACAAUAGGAUAAUAUAACAAGACAGAUUCUUCACCAAGAUUUAAACAAAUGAACAGGAAAAGUCUAAUUUCAUUGUUUGGUUGUUUGCAGACAAACAGAAGGCCCAACAGGACCCCUUAUCGCCUCCUCAAACCCUGAGUACCUCAGCGCUAACGAUGGUAAGAAGCACAUCAACACAUUAGUCUUUCCUUACUGUGGGGAGAAAAUUUCAACUGUUUCUAAAAGAUGAACAGCACUUCAUGAAGAUUAUCUAAUCAAAAUGAUCUUCUUUUGUUCAGUAUACGUUCCUGAUGAGUGGGAGGUCCCAAGAGACAAGAUCACAUUGCUCAGAGAGCUGGGCCAAGGCACCUUUGGCAUGGUUUACGAAGGAAUCGCCAAAGACAUUGUCAAAGGAGACCCAGAUACACGCGUAGCUGUAAAGACGGUCAAUGAGUCGGCCAGCCUGAGAGAGAGGAUCGAGUUCCUCAACGAAGCCUCUGUUAUGAAAGCUUUCAGCUGUCACCAUGUGGUACGACCCCGAAAAUGCUUUUCCACUCCCAGCUUCACAAAGAGUUUAUGAUUUUUUUUUACAGUCCUUUUUUAACAUAUUUUUGUCAUAAACACAAAACAAUGGCUCGUCAAUGGAGAAAGGCUGUACUGCUGUAUUCACUCAUGUGUGCUUCUCCCUGUAGGUGCGUCUAUUAGGCGUGGUGUCUAAAGGUCAGCCCACCCUGGUAGUGAUGGAGCUCAUGACCCAUGGUGACCUAAAGAGCUACCUGCGGAGUCUCAGGCCUGACUCUGAAGUAAGUCUUUGCAUUUAAAACAAAUACACACCUGAGUUGAGGCAAUCCUUAAGGUAAAUCUAUAAUUGUGUUUCUGUGUGUUUUUUUUAGAACAACCCAUCAGGGCGUCCUCCUCCUACUUUGAAGGACAUGAUCCAGAUGGCAGCAGAGAUUGCAGAUGGCAUGGCGUACCUCAACGCCAAAAAGUUUGUGCACAGAGACCUGGCAGCCAGAAACUGCAUGGUGGCAGAAGACUUUACCGUCAAGAUAGGAGGUACUGCAGUUGAUCUUUGUUAGCUUUUUUAAGUUACUCUUUGUGCUUCGUACAAUUAUUUUACAGAUUUUUUUUUGUUACUUCUUUCACAGACUUUGGUAUGACCCGAGACAUCUAUGAGACUGACUACUACCGAAAAGGUGGGAAAGGUCUGCUCCCUGUCAGGUGGAUGGCUCCAGAAUCUCUAAAAGACGGAGUCUUCACUGCCCACUCUGACUGCUGGUAAGUCUCGCCUUACUGUUGUUGCCCAUCCUCUCCCAGUCUUGCACAGUAGUUUCAAUGCAUUUGAUUAUAUGUACUUGUUUGUGUGUCUGCAGGUCUUUUGGUGUCGUGCUGUGGGAGAUCAGUACGCUAGCAGAGCAGCCUUACCAGGGUUUAUCCAACGAACAGGUCCUAAAGUUUGUCAUGGACGGAGGAUACCUGGACCGACCAGAGAACUGUCCCGAGAGGAUGUAAGUAGAUAAACACGCACUGAGGCAGGAAGCGUGAGACAAGUUUUCACUAAAGUUAAUGUAUGAAUAACAAAAUCAUAAAUGUACGAGAAAGGUUAUGGGUGUGCUUAAUCUUUGAGGACUAUAUAUUUACAUAGUUAACCCUUUCUUUCGUUCCUUCUUCUUCGUUCCUUCCUUCCUUUAUUCUUUCCUUCUUUCAUUUUUUCUUUCUUUCCUUCAUUUUUUGUUUUCUUUCCUUUUUUCUUUUCUUUUUUCUUCCUUCGUCUGUCCUUUGUCCUUCCUUCCUUCCUUUGCUUUUUCGUUCUUUCAUUUUUGUAUUCUUUCUUUUUUCUUCCUUCCUUCCUUCCUUCCUUCCUUCCCUCCUUCCUUCCUUCAUUCUUUCUAUCAUUUUUUUCUUUCUUUCUUUCAUUUUUGUUUUCUUUACUUUUUUCUUCCAUCCUUCCUUCUUUCUUCCUUCUUCCUUCCUUCUUUCAUUUUUUUCUUUCUUCUUUAUCUCAUUCUUUCACUAUUUCUGUCUUUCUCUCUAUUUGUCUUCCUUCCUUCCUUCCUUCCUAUCUUCCUUCUUUCCAUCCAUCCUUUUAUUAUUCUUUCUUUCUUUCUUUCUUUCUUUCUUUCUUUCUUUCUUUCUUUCUUUCUUUCUUUCCUUCGUUCUUUCGUUUUUUCUUUUUUUUUUUCUUUCUUAUUCCUUCCUUCCUUCCUUCCUUCCUCUACCAGGCACAGCCUCAUGCAGAUGUGCUGGCAGUACAACCCCAAGAUGCGGCCGAUGUUCCACGAGAUCAUCGAGAUGCUGCGGGAGGACCUGCACCCGUCUUUCCAGGAGUUCUCUUUCUUCUACAGCGAGGAGAACAAAGUCCCCGAGACAGAGGAUUUUGACCUGGACCUGGACAACAUGGAGAGCAUCCCUCUAGACCCGUCUUCUUACUCGCAGAGAGAGGAGAGCUUAAGCAGGGACAGCGGGCCCUCGGUGGCCCUCAGGGGGAACUAUGAGGAACAUGUCCCCUACACACACAUGAAUGGUGGCAAAAAAAAUGGACGAAUCUUAUCGUUGCCCAGAUCUAGCCCUUCCUAACAUUUCCUUUUUUCUAGAAGAACUUUAUUAACCUUCCCCCCCUUCCACUUUCUAUCCCUCUUUCUCUUCCAGUCCAUUUCUUUUCUUUAUAUUUCAUGUUCCUCGCAUCAUUUUCUAAUGAUUUUCUUAUUCUUGGGGAACCCUUCAAAAAAACAACAACAACACAGAUCUCAGGACUUUUUAUUUUCUCACAGCUGCCGAAACACAGGCAAGCAAGGGAUGCAAACAUGGUGUAACACUUUUUUUACUUCCUCCACAACUCAUCGGAUUUUCUACUACCAUAUUACCUAUCUAUUGUUUCUCACUAUUGCCACGUUUCCUGGACUCCUUGUGAGGGAAACAAGAAAAAAAAAAAAACUGUGAACACAACAAACCUUAGACAACCAAGAAGGCUGCUUAUGCUCAACCUCCUCAAGACUCGUCCCUCCUUUUUCUCUCUCCACCGAUCUGCAUUUCCAAAUUUCUGUGCAUUGUGUUUUCUCUCCAAGUGAAAUCUUGUUACUCAGAUAGUGGCCUUUUUGUACGUGGCCUAUAAACAAAAAGAAGUGUCUAACAGCGCUUAUACUAAUUUUUCCUCCUUGAACAAUGACUUAAUCAGUUUGGACCGGUGGGAUGACUUGCAAAGACUUAAUCCUAGAACAAACAUCUAUUCCUAGAGGAAUGUUUUCUUUUUUUUCUUCUUUUUUUUUGUUUUGUUUUUCUUUUGUUUUUGUUUUUGUUUUUUUUGGUUCUGCAGAAUUCCAAACUACACACGGAUUCAUUGGGUGUUUGGUGAAUAGUUUUAAUUUAUUUGCUUUUAUUGUUGUUUUCUUCUCUCCUUUCUUCUCUCUCAGUUUUAUUUCUGUGUCCUCACUAUAUGGCUGAAGGAUAUUUAAACAGUUAAGAAUUGGACAAAAGAGUUCCUCAGACUGACCAAUAGCUGCUGCUUUGAUAUAUUUUAGUGGGUAUAGAAAUAUAUAAAUAUAUAAUAUAUAUAGUAUAUAUAAGAUAUUGGUACCUAGGUACUGAUAUUUUAUAUAUAAUAUAUGGCAUAUUGAUGUUUUUGUAAAUAGUUCAUAUUUGUAAUAUUUUUCAUCAGAAGCUUUGCUGGUAUUUUGUUUUGCCAGGUUUUUUUUUCUUUCUGGUUUUUUAAACUUUCUUAAUUUUAUAGCCCCAGAAAAUCACACUAAUCUACCAUCAGUGCUCUCUGUGUCUUAGGCCUCCAAAGCCCUGAAAGAUUUGUCAACUCACUGCAUCCUUUUUUUAUUAACCUCGUCCCCAUUGAGGGCUGUCAAUAUUCGGAGGCAGUUUUACUCCAGCAACUCGAGAUGGGGAAAAAGUUAUAACCAAAAAAAAAACAACACUUUUUAAAGGGGGCAUGUGGUCUUUGGAGGGGGAUGUGCACCUGUUGGUCUCUGUGUCUGCUGUCUCUCUCUGCUCGGGUCAUGUGGGAGCUGAGGUCUUUAUGUGUUUGUUAUCACAGGUUUAUGGCGUCUUUCACGUGAUUGGUGUUAACUGUCUGUGAGGUCAGAGAGUGGAAAGUCUUGCUUGGUGUUUGUCGCUCUGUUUUGAUGUAUCAGUUAAGACUUAUUAGUUGUGUGGGCGCUGCUUGGGUCAGGACAGGGCAGAGAAAUUACCCUCCACUGUCAAGUGGACAAUGAGGCCCUUGGUUAAACGUGACGUUAUGGUAAAAGCCCGUAUAAUUUAGGUCAGUGAGCUGUAGCAUUCCCUUUCUAUCUGACCUGAAAUCUGUCACUCAAAUGGAAGGCUCUCGUGAUUUUACACACUCUCUUUGUUAGGUUUCCUCUGCACCACACACACCACCUGCUUACUCUCCCUCCUCUGCUCUCCCCAUUGGCUGCUGAGCUCACUGCUCAAAAUCAGGCUGCUGGAAAUUUCCACGUUUUGUGGUCGAAGGCUGGAGAAAAAUACGGAAAGUUCCAACUUUGUUCAGAGUCCGCAGCAGGUAGAGGAGAGAAAGAGGGAGAGGGGCAGUCUCUGCUGUGUCUCUCUAUCAUUCAGUGUGUCUGAAAUAGAGGGAGUGUGUGAGUGAUUGUUAAUCCUAUUAUUUUCUCUGCUAUCACAUGCAGGCGGGCAGUCAGGACACAGUGUGCAGCAGCUAUUUCGCUCAAGUCUGACAUUACAGGGUUUUGCUGGAACUGCUUGUUCCCUCAUCUCCUCUGUUUUUGCCAGCCUGCUGGCAAAACUGAUACCAUCAACACACACCAUCAGGCCCAGAACUCACAGGAAAGACCGUUUUCCCUACUUAACGAUUCAAUAUCUGAAGCUUGUUGCUCUUGAUCAGAAUCAGAAACAUUCCUGUCACCCUUCACACUCAGCCCGUCUUCAGAGAUCAUUUUUUAUUUGACACACAGCAGAUCCUGCCAGCCCCACCCUCUAACCACAGCCUUCAAUGACACAGAAAGUGAAAGUCAGCAGACAUGUAGAGAUAAACUUUUUCUAUCUAAUACUCUGGACACAUAGACCGGUGUGGUUGCCAACCGAGCCGAGUCGAGCAGCAUUCAGCACUUAUAGUUUAGCCAAAGUGUCGCAGCUUUCUGUCAACAACGAGAAUCAUCCGAAUCAGAGUCAAGAGAAAGCAGAGAAGCUGCCUCCAUGUUUUAACCCAGUGCCUUCUUAAACCCAGAGCCACGUUCAGAUAGUUGUAUUGGUUAGCAACACAAACACAACACACUUAUGUAGACAGGCCUCUGUGCUCUCUCUGUGUUUUUGUCUCACGCGGCAGGAGACGCAGAGCUGCAUCUUCAUUUUUUCGUUCAAUGGUUACGACUUUUUUUUUCCUCGCUGUAAAAGAAAUCAAAGUGAUCGGGGCUUCGAAUAUUUUCUGUCUAGGUUUCGAUUGAGCUUGUAGCCGGCGUAAGGUUUGAACACUGAUGUUCACCCAGUGCUUUAGCAGUGACACUGUGGAUUGGCCAGAGUCUGUUGGCACUCAGAGGCGCCUGAGUUUAGGAUGUAUAUUUAAGCUAAUGAUUCUUAGGAGUCACAAUCUUGGGCUUUUGUACUUUGUAAAUAAUUUGUGACAUAGUUUGGAAAAUAAAGCAGAAAAAAAGAUUUAUAAAAACAAAAAAAAUUACAACGCCUGUCAGUUCUGCAUACAUGAAAUUGAGUGGAACUUAGCUCUGUCAAACUUUCAUACUAUAAGCUCAGUCGAAGUUGUAUCUCAGAAGUACGCUGGUUUGUCACCUUUGUACUUAAUCUUCCAGUAAAUCACACUACAGAGUAAAAACCGUGUCAGACUUAGCAUGUAGUAUGAAAGUGGGAUGAAGUUUUCUUCCACCUCGACCUAGGUUGCUUAUCUUGUGGUGUUCACACGCAUAUGCAAUUUUUAAUUAAGAUGGUGCCCAUAUCUUUGAAAUACCAGAUAUUUAUUUUAUUAUGAUCAUUGUCAUCAUUUAAAAAGAACACAGUUAGCUUUUUUUAGUCUUGCAUUUGAGAAGUGUUUGUGAGUCAAGCGAUGUAAAAGUUAGUUCUUGUACAGGUGGAGUAACUGGUUGGUAAGCAGCAGAAGUGCUGGUUAGUUAGGUAGUUAGUUAGUUAGUUUGUAAGUAAUUGUCGUCGUCUUUGUGUUUGGCCAGAGUCUACCUCAGUGCAAAUGGAGGAAUCAGUCUAAAGAGCCUAAAUCAUCCCUGUCAGUCACUCAGUUUCCCAUCAUGUCAAAUACUAUCACACAAUCAAACAUAACCAACACUGCUGAUCAAUUCCUUUCCUCCUGUGGCGUCUCCAAACCCCUUCUGCUGUUUAUUUCUUCUUCUUCUUCUGCCCUGGGGAAAGCUGUCGUCAAUCUACGGGGAAUGUGGAAAUUACUUGGAGCGUGGCGCCUCAAAUUGGCCUCUUUCUGCUAGAAAAUGUGUCGCUAAUUUCUCUCCAUAACCAAGCGUUUCAGAGGAAGCUUUCAGGAUAUACGAGUGUUAUCCCUCUCUUUAGAGCUUUUUUGCCCUUGCACUAAUUAAAUCUGGAAAAUCAGACGGUAAAUUGGCUUUUCCAUGAUUAUUCUUGUUUUGAUUGUUUCCCUCGGGCACUGGAAGAAGUCGCUUUAUUGUCUGUGUUCCCCCUCUUUUAAACACCAUGAUGCUUAACUUGUACAUAGAAGUGGUCAUCAUGGUUUUGGGCUCUCACUGCCUGUCAGUGAUCAUCAAGCUCAGCCAUGGACCCGCUUGUUUUCUCUUUUCAAUCACAUCAAACCUGUACCUGUUGUCUCACAGAAAGCCCUCCUCCUCUUCCUCAGUCUGUCACUCAGUCUUCAAACAGUGAGCGCUCAAAUCCGCUUGUUGUUGUUGUUGUCUUUUUCUCUGUUCUGGUUUUUAUUGUGUAUGUUUUUUUGUUUUUUUUUCUACUGUGAAUAUCAAGAGAUGACCUUUAUUUUCUGUCAAUGCCAUGAAUUGGUUGUGUUUAGGCUGAUCAGGACUCUGAUGGGCUGGUUGAGGAAAAAAAAGAAAACAGAUUUAAAGUGGAGGACCCUCCUCUCUCUGCUGAGAGAAAGAAAGCUGGACUGGGACAAUCCUGUGUGCCAUAAUAACUUUUAACAGACAUAAAAUCUAGAUUGUAACUUUUCGUCUCAGGGAGGCGGCCUGAUGCUUUUUUGGGGGGAAGGAUAAAGAGGAUGAGGAGGAAGAGGAGCAACCUACCUACCUACCUUUUAUCUACUCUGACUGAAGCGCAAGUUCUCAGCAACCUUGCAAGAGCAAAACAAACAUACCUAAUCCAAAAUCUGAAAAUCUUGCCACCCCCAUGAAGAUAAUCUCCUCUCUCUCACUCUGUUGUGAUAUGGUCUGGACUGCCCUCUAGUGGUUGGAUGGGAGCAUUGCAGGUCAGGGGUGGCAAAGCUCACAGGGCCCCCACUACCCAUAGUGCCUUGCUCAGACUAACAGCCCACCUGUCCCCUCCCACUCAGAGCAGAACCACUGCUGACUGGCAUGUCUCCACCAAUCAUUAAAGGAUUUUCCUCCUUCAACCAUGAAAUGAAAAAUCUGAAAUUGUCUCUGUGUAUCCUGCAGAUAAAGUAAUCCUCCUGCUUGAUGGGGAAAUACUGUAAUUUGGAUGAUGUGACUGAUGAUUUCAAAAGACAAAUGCUGAACUUUGUGUCUCUACCUUGCUAAGUCCCAGCUUGCCUUGUGCGUGAAAAGUGAAUCAUCUUUUACCAGCAGGUAGCUCGAUAACUUCACGCUCACUGAUUCUGCUUCUCAUCAGUCUUCAUUGACAGCUGCAACGCCCCAAAGCACAUGCAAGAACCCGCUGAUUGCAUCACAAAUGGGGCUUUUUUUCCCAUUUGUCAUGUUUUCAGUAGUUCCAAGAGUUUCAAAAAAAAAAAAAAGAUAAGCUCUUAACUGUAAGCAGCAGGAGAUCCCCCCUUUGCCCCCGGAAAACAAAAGCACUUGACUUUAGGGAAGUUUAGGAUUGUUUUGUUAAACUCCGAUAACCUAAAAAAAGCGGUUGGACAGAGCAUGCUUGUGACGCAGCGCAGGGUGAGAACAAAGCAUUGUAUGUAUUAUUGUUUUGUUUUAAAGAAAAGAAAAAAGUAUUACAUUUUAGAGAUGUUGAUUUCUAUUUUUUUAGCCAAAGUAUGGUGGGCAAAUACAAAUUACUUUUUCUGACUGUAAACUUUUACUACUCUUGUACAUUAUGAAUUUAACAUUGUUAUCAAUGUGUAUAUAACUUUUUUUUUUUUUUUUCUAAAUUUGAAAGAUAGCUGUUUUGUUUUCAUACCACAGCCCACUACACAGAGAAGAGAGUUUGUCAGUGUAUUUAAGAGGCGCUGCACAACUCCAGUCUGAGGGCUCGACUCUGUGUGAUAAGACAUGAACAGUAUGUGGCCUGAAUUGUUCACAGUGAACCCUGCUCUUGAUCCGAUGCAUGUCCCAAAUGUUUGCCGACGAGAAGUCGCACAUUUCACCCACCACCCACCACCCCGCCUGCAACAGCAGCAUGUCACCCUUAAAGCCUUUUCUUGUGUCACAGAUGUCACCUAUCACAGAUGUUGUUGUAUGAAAUUGUUUCUGACGAGAGACGUGUGUUUAGUUUGCAAAUAUAUAUAUAAGUAUAUAUAUUUUGUUUUGUAUGUGAAAAACUGGAAAAGACCACUGCACAUCCUUUUUUGAAGAGGAAACACGAGUGAUGAAAUCCUGAAUAAGCUAAAAAAUAAAUAUAAAACUUUACUGAUGGUUCAAUAACCAUACAUUUUGAGGAGAAGACUGUAAAGCUGGAGGUGUUUCAGGAAGAGGGAGAAAGUUUUUGGGCGAUAGGUUAUUCUUUUCUUUUGCCCAGAGGUAGAAGUGAAUAGAUGGGGCAGCUUAUAGUUAGCUGUGAAGGAUAGCAGAGUAUGGGAAACAGCUGGCUUUUCUCCGUCAAUCAAAAAUAUUACUUUAUAUAUAAAACUUAACCUCUCUAGAAAGGACACUUAGUGGGCUUAUUAGAGAGAUUUAUGCUGGCCUACAAUAGGAGCAGUAAGCGACUAAGGUUCCUGUUAGCUGCCACUGAGCUCGUCAAAAAUGUAGCUUUAAGUCAAUGUUUUAAUUGAAGGUUUCACAAAGAAGGCUCAGCGUGUUCAUGAAUUAGCCAAAGUGUGUUUGUCGAUACUUUUGGACGGAGGCGGGCGAGCUGUUUCUCUAAGCCGAGCUAACCUGUCGCAGCUUCAGCCGUUAUCCAGCUGAGUGAGCAAAUUUCCCCAAACUCAGAGCUAAGGUGAUACACAUUCAAGCUAUGAAUGACUUGAGUACUGUCUGUCGGUAGUGUAAUGAUAAUCUGUUUGUGUGUGUGUUAAUGAUCAGGGAGAGAGUCUCUGUAGCCUGAGGACAGACAGACAGACAGACAGACAGACAGACAGACAGACAGACGUGGAGGCUUUGCAGGUGUGUCGAUGACCCUGAUUUAAGGACAAAUGUGAGGAAAAGCUGCCUCUUCUUCGGUUUUUCAAGUCAUCUGUUGGUCCAGUGGUCUGCUCCAGUUUACACACAGAUCCCUUCUAUUUAUCUCUGUACUGUCCCUGUGCUGUGUGUCGUUCAAAUCUAUGGAGUCGUGUCUGUGUUGUCCUCGGUUCAAGUCUCUAUCACAGCUUUUUCCGUCUCUGAUUGCUGCUCUUCCUCCUCCUCCUCUCUGUGUCCCCCAUCUUUCUCUCCUCAGUGCACAUAGGUGGUCCCCAGAAUGCUGUGUGUAGUCUUGCAGGAUACCUCUUUAUCAAUGUCAUUUAUUGCCUAUGAAUAUGCUGAUGUAUUAAUUUUUUUGGGGAUAUGUUGUGUAAACAUUACGUUGAGACAUCGGUGCGUAUGCAGACAACAGGUGUAUAUGUGUGUAUGUACAGUUUGAGACCCCCAACCCCGCAGAGAUCGCUUCAUCCCUCACACUGGAUCCAAAUGUGCCAUUAUCUUUAUGUAUAUCAGAACACACACACACACACGUACACACACAAACACAUACGAAGACAGAAAUACAUGCAUAUUGUACAGGAUCAAAAAUGUGCCAUGACUAAAUGAACGCUUGACAAUUUAUUUUUUCUAUGUUUUCAAAGGAGAGCCAAGUAGUGACAUGUACAGAAAAUGUUGCAAUGACAUGAAAAUAAAAAUCUUGCUGUGUGUAAAUUAUUCAACAAUUAACUGUUUAUAUUAAAAUUAUGAAUAAAAUUAUUGGAGAAUA